CAUUUCGCUGGUCGUGCGUGCCAAUCGAACUGCGUCGCUACGUUCCGUUCUCCGAGUGUCAGUUUGCUCCACCUUUGGAGUGCUAUAGGUGCAGUGUUGUGAUAGUGUGUUUUUAGUCAUACAGACGGAUAGUGUAUCACUACAAAGUAGCACUGUCAACGGGACGCGGGUUCUUUCACGGAGUUACCUAACGGCUGUUCGCCUUGCGAGGGAAGGCGGAUCGCUUGCACCGGGAGGAAUGAGCCCCGCACAUUACUGCUCCCACACUCACCGAUGAUCUCAAGAGACCAUGUACAUAGAAACCCUACCGCUCGUGGUUUGGACGCUCCUAGUAACAGCAACGCAUGUAGCGACGCAAAACCAAUAUGGAAUAGGUUUAGGAAUAAAACGAGAAAUAUUCUUCUUAAAUUUAGAAAAUGGUUACUUCGGUUGCCAAGCAAACGAAUCAACACAUAUAUUACAAUUGUAUGAAUUAUCAAAAUUAUGCGACGGUGUGCCGGACUGUUAUAAGGCAUCCGACGAACUUCGAACAGAAUUAAAAUGUUCAGAUGAUUGUACCAAAGAUGACGGAGCACGCUGUAUAAACGGCGCCUGCCUCAACGGAGUAUGUUAUUGUAACGAUGGUUUCGGUGGAUGCAACUGCCAAGAACCCGACGUAAAUGAAUGCAAAAACAGACCAUGUGAUGUAUUUGCUCACUGCACAAAUACUGUAGGCAGUUUUCAAUGUUCCUGCUUCCCUGGAUAUGUAGGGGAUGGCUUUUCAUGUAAAGAUAUAAAUGAAUGCGAAGAUCCAGCAAUAGCUGCGCGGUGCGUAGAAAAUGCUGAAUGCUGCAAUUUGCCUGCGCACUUCAUUUGCAAAUGUAAUCGAGGGUUUGAAGGAGACGGAGAAGAGGAAUGUCGAGAUAUCGAUGAGUGCCAACGGUCAGGCGCUUGUGGUGUCAACGCAAUAUGCCAAAACUAUCCAGGAAACUACACUUGUGUUUGUAAAGCGGGAUACACAGGGAAUCCUUUUGAUGGCUGUGUCGAUUUGGAUGAAUGCAUUAAUGGAGAUGCUUGUGGUCCUGGUGCUAUUUGCCGAAACAUCGAGGGCGGCUAUGAGUGCAGCUGUCCACCGGGCUACGAAGGCGACCCGCGUGUCUCCUGUCACGACCAAGACGGCUGUAAAAGAGCUACUUGUGGCCGAGAUGCGCUUUGUGAAAACCUACCUGGCGCGUACCGUUGCUUUUGUCCACCAGGAUUUGAAGGCGAUCCGGACAGAGAGUGUACCGACGUGGAUGAAUGUAACAGUAGCCACCCUGUAUGCGGCGAGCAUGCCGUCUGCACAAAUACUAUUGGCAGCUACGUGUGCAAUUGCAAACCCGAGUAUACAGGCGAUGCACAAUCUCUCAAUGGUUGUCGCGAUGUAAAUGAAUGUGAAACAUUGGAACAUCCUUGCGGAAUGCAUGCCAUUUGUGAGAACACUGACCCCGGAUAUAAUUGCAAGUGUCCGCAAGGAUUUAGAGCAAAACCUAAUCCUCAAAUCGCUUGCGAACAGGUGGAUGUCAAUACAUUGUGUAACUCUAAUUUUGACUGCACGAAUAAUGCUGAGUGCAUAGAAGAACAAUGUUUUUGUAAAAAUGGUUUUGUUGCCAAAGGUUCUACUUGUAUUGAUGUUGACGAAUGCAGUAACAACAAAUGUGGAGAAAAUGCACUAUGUAUUAAUGUACCAGGCAGUUUUAGAUGUGAAUGUAGCGUUGGUUACAUUGGAUCCCCGCCUCAAACGAUAUGCCGAGCACCAUGCGAAGAUGUGCAAUGUGGCGAGCAUUCCUAUUGUAAACCAGACGGUUCCGAAGCUUACUGUGUUUGCGAAGCGGGCUGGACGUUUGAUCCAAAUGACAUCUCCGCUGGUUGUAUUGACAUUGACGAGUGUAAUGAUUCAUUUGGAUUUUCUGGACGUUGUGGAAUCAAUGCACAUUGCUUAAAUACUUUAGGAAGUUUCGUUUGCAAUUGUCCCGAAGGUUAUACUGGCGACUCUUACAAAGAAUGCGUUGAUAUCAAUGAGUGUUUAGAUGAUAAUUCAUGUGGAGCAGGAGCGAACUGUAUAAACCGUCAAGGUUCUUUCACUUGUGAAUGCCCCGAGGGAACCUUACCAGAUCCUGAACCUUUUAUUAAAUGUUCCGAAAUUCUUACUUGUAAAUACGAUAAAGAUUGCCCUGGCAAUGCUUUUUGUGACCAAAAUAAAAAAUGCCUUUGUCCAGAACCAAAUAUUGGAAACGAAUGCCGACAUCCAUGUGAAAACCUAAACUGUGGAAGUAACUCGGAGUGCCUACUAAGCGAUCAAGUAGCCCAAUGCACAUGUCGUAGUGGUUUUACAGGAGAUCCUUUAUCUUCUAUAGGAUGUCAAGAUAUCAAUGAAUGUGAAACAAGUCCGUGUUCAAUGGGUGCUGUGUGUAAAAAUCUACCAGGAUAUUUUCAAUGCGAAUGCCCCGGAAACUUCAGUGGAGAUCCUUAUUUAAAUGGGUGCAUUAUUAGCAAAACACCAAGUGAGUGUAGCGAUGUAAACCCUUGCCCCUACGGUGAGCAAUGUAUUUUAAAUGAAGGUGAAAACGUUUGCAUUUGUUCACAAGGGUUUUCUCGCAAUAAAGGAACUGGUAUUUGUGAAGACAUAAAUGAGUGCACCCACCUCGGACGAACUCCUUGUGGGUUAAAUGCUAUAUGUAAAAAUUUACCCGGUAGCUACGAAUGUAAAUGCCCUGCAGAAUACAGCGGUAAUCCAUACAAUUCAUGUGAAAUUUGUGAUGACAUCGGUUGUCAAUGUCAACCUCCAUAUAAGCUCGUAGAUGGGAACUGCGUUUUAUCUGGCUGUUCAAGUGACAGAAAAUGUGGAAAAGGAGCAGAAUGUAUCAUUAUUUCAGACGGAGUUAGUUAUUGUGCUUGCCCUGCCGGCUAUAUACAAAGCGUUGAUGGAUCUUGUGAAGAUAUCAAUGAAUGCACUUUUGGUCAACCAGUUUGUGGUUUUGGAGCAGAAUGUAUAAAUAUAAUUGGAUCUUAUACAUGUAAAUGUCCACCCGGUUAUGGAAAGGAUUUGAUAUCAGGACAUUGCAGCCUUAAUCAAAAGAGGUGCAUUAGUGAUUCAGACUGUUUUGUUAAUGAAAAAUGCGUACAACCAGGAAAUUGUGUUUGCCCUCCACCGUUUUAUUUAGAUGUAACUGACGGGCAAAAAUGUAAAAGCCCCUGUGAAAGAUUUGUUUGUGGUAUUAAUGCUAAAUGUACGCCUAGUGAUCCUCCAAAGUGUAUGUGCAUGCCUGGUUUUGAAGGAGAUCCAUAUACGGGCUGUACAAAUAGAAAUGAAUGCCAUAGUGCUCCUUGUGCAUAUGGUGCGAUAUGCCAUGAUAAGGUGGGAGGUUACAAAUGUACAUGUCCACCAAAUAUGAUCGGCGAUCCAUACAAGACAGGAUGCACUGUGGAAGAAGGAGCAUCACAAAAACAAUUAUGUAGUAAAAGUAAUCAAUGUCCCGACAAUCUCGCAUGCUUAAAUCGUACCUGUGUGUCUCCAUGCGUAACUAUUUCCUGCGGAGCGAAUGCGUUUUGUGAGACUGAAAAUCACGCUGGUUGGUGUCGAUGCAAUCCUGGAUAUACAAAACCCGAAGGAGGAAAAUGCAUCUCUGGAUGUGACAACUACUCUUGUGCCUCGGCUGCUCAAUGUAUAAUAUCAAAAACGGGACCAACAUGUGUUUGCCCAGAAGGAAUGGUGGGGAACCCUUUCCCUGGUGGAGCUUGCAGAAGAGAUAUUUGUGGACCGGGACUACCAUGCGAUGAACCACUGACAUGUAUUGCUGGACGAUGCCGACAGCGAUGUGAAGGAGUUGUUUGUGGAAUAGGCGCAUAUUGUGAUGAGAACAGUGGUCAUUGUGUUUGUAAUACAUAUUUUGUAGGAAAUCCAGACUUACUCUGUAUGCCACCUGUUGCACCUCCAAAUUGUGAACCAACCUGUACUGAAAAUGCACAUUGUGUAUAUGGCCAGAUUAAUGUAUGCAAGUGUGACAAAGGGUAUACCGGAAAUCCUUAUAUAAAAUGUCUGCCACGAAAACGAAUAACUUGUGCGACUGCUUCUUGUGGAACCAAUGCAGUUUGCCAACAAACCAAGUCUCACGUUGAAUGUUUGUGUCCACCAGGCUACGUGGGUAAUCCGAAUUUACAAUGUAUCGAUAUAGAUGAAUGCAGCUCUAGACCAUGUGCUGAAAAUGCAAUUUGCAUUAAUACCCCAGGAAGCUAUAGUUGUAUAUGCAAGAGCAAAUACAUAGGAAACCCAUAUGAAUUAUGCGCACAGGUUUCGAUUGCUAAAUGCAUAGACGGAUCUGUUUGCUCUUGCUCUAACAAUUCAACGUGUCCUGAAGGACUCAUGUGUGAAAAUUCUAAAUGCAUAGAUAUUUGUCAAUAUACUAAAUGUGGUCCCAAUUCUAUCUGCGAGGAAGGACGAUGCGUAUGUUUACCAAGUUACACUGGAAAUCCAAAUGAUUUAAUGCAAGGUUGCAACCUCGAUAAUAAAUGCAUUACAGAUAAUGAUUGUAAGAAUUCAGAAAUUUGUUUCCAACUAGGAAAAACUAUGCGUAAAUGUGUAGAUGCAUGCACGAAAAUUCAAUGUGGACCCAAUUCUCUUUGUGUUAGUACUAAUCAUCAAGCUCAUUGCGUUUGUGCUGAAGGAUACACUGGGAAACCUAGUGACGUUAAGUCAGGAUGCCAUUUGGAGCAAAGAGAACCAAAUCAAGAAUGCACCUUUGACAGUGACUGUUUAGCACCACAAAUUUGCUUUUCAGUAGACGGAACCAAUAAAUGUCUCGAUUUAUGCUCUACAAUUACCUGCAGUCCCAAUGAAAUCUGCAACAUAGAAGAUAAUGUUCCUCACUGUGAGUGUAAAGAUGGGUUUAUGUGGAAUCCAAUAAGUUCUGUUUGUGAACAACCAACAACACCAAACUGUGAAAACGAUAACGAUUGUGAUGGAAAUAUGUCGUGCCAAAAGGAUGUUCUCGGGGUGAAGAAAUGUGUUGAUAGUUGUGUCGUAUUUACAUGUCCACAAAACUCAAGAUGUGUAACAAAAGAUCACAAAAGCCAAUGCCAGUGUUUAGCAGGUUUUAUAGGAAAUCCUAACGACCGGGAUGGUUGUUCAAUAGUUGAUAAAAACGAAUGUACUAACGAUGCUGAAUGCAAAGAAAACGAUAUAUGUAAAGAUAUAGGAAGUUUUAAAAAGUGUGUUCCGGCAUGUCAACAAGUUGUUUGUGGACCAAAUGCUGUUUGCGUUACAAAUAAUCACGUAGCCAAGUGUCAAUGUCCAUUAGGCCCUUUUACAGGCAAUCCAGAUGAUCUAGAUAAAGGGUGUAAAUCAGUUCCUUGUGUAUAUAAUAUUGACUGUCAGUCUCAUGAACUAUGUAAUCGUAUGACACACAAUUGUAUAAAUGUGUGUACGGAAAAUAGUUGUGGAGAAAAUUCCGUAUGUAUUGCAGAAAAUCACAAAUUCAAGUGUCAAUGCUUAUCUGGAUAUUUGCCUGAUCCGUUACCGGAAAUCGGUUGCAGAAAAACUGAACUAUGUAAUCCUAACCCUUGUCAUAAAACCGCAAUAUGCGAACCACGUUUAUCAACUUAUGUAUGUAAAUGUCCUCCUGGUCUCAUUGGAGAUGCUAUAAAAGAUGGCUGUAGAAAGCAAGACGACUGUCCAAAAGGUGACAUUGACUGUCUCGCUGAAUCUGUUUGUGUUAAUGGAAGUUGCAUAAAUCCAUGCGAAGGAGCUUGCAAUGUGAAUACUAUAUGUAAUGUUGUUGAUAGAAAAGCAGUUUGUUCAUGUCCCGAUAAUUAUGAAAGAACAUUAGAUGGUAAAUCAUGUAAGAAAAAAGUAAUAUCAUGUGCCAACGAAUUUGACUGUGAUGGAGAUAUUUGCCAUGAUGGCCAGUGCUUUUCCGCUUGCAAGAACUUCAGUCAUUGUGAUCCUGGGGAAGAAUGUGUUAAAAACUAUUGUGUAACUAAAUGUCGUAAACAUUCUGAAUGCAGUAUUGGGCAAGCAUGUAUACAAGGUCAGUGUCUAAUAGGUUGUAGAACCAAUGAAAACUGUCCAAUUGAAGAAGCAUGUGUUAAUAAUAAAUGUGUGAAUCCGUGUUUAGCAACAAGGGUUUGUGGUCCAAAUGCUAUAUGUUCGAGGAUUAAUCAUAGCACAAAAUGUGAAUGUCCCGACGGAUUUGAGGGAUCUCCGACACCACAACAAGGAUGUAUACGAAAGCCAGCAAGUUGUACUAGAACUUCCCAGUGCCCGCCAGAUCACAUGUGUAUUGGUCUUCUUUGUCAAGUGCCCUGUCAAGAUAAUUCAAACUGUGCAAUGGGAGAAACGUGUAAUGAUAAUAAAUGUCAUAAAAUAUGCCACACCAGUAGUAACUGCUUACACGGCGAACACUGUAGUGCUGGAGUAUGUAUACCGGGUUGUAAAAGCAACUCUGACUGCCCAAACAAUCAGCUUUGUGUUUCAAAAGAGUGCAAAUGUGCUGCAGGGUUUCAAAUGAUAAAUAACGAAUGCUUGAAUUUAGAUGAAUGUCUUAAUAAUCCAUGCCAUCCAUCAGCCCAAUGUAUAGAUACCGAAGGAUCUUUUAAGUGUAUUUGUCCUACUGGUGCAAUCGGCGAUCCUUAUAAAAGUGGUUGUUUGCUACCAAAUCAAUGUAGACAGGAUAGCCAGUGUGAUGAUUCUUUAGCUUGUGUUAGAGGAAAAUGUUUAAACCCCUGCCGCACUAACGCCUGUGGGAAUAAUGCCGUAUGCCAAGUUAGUAAUCAUAGACCAACAUGUAUUUGUGAAAAAGGGCAUUUGGGAAAUCCAUUAGAUAAAAAAAUUGGUUGCUUUAAAGUAGAAUGCAUAAGUAACCUAGACUGUUCUAAUGAUAAAUAUUGUAAUCGCCAAAGUAAUAAAUGUUCUGAUAAAUGUGAGGAUUCCGUAUGCCAAGGUGGUAACUGCAGAAUAGAAAAUCACAAAAAAAUUUGCGUUUGCCCAUCGGGAUUCGAAUUGAUCGGAAACAAAUGUGAGGAUAUAAAUGAAUGCCUCAAUAAUCCAUGUCCUUUGAAUUCACAAUGUGACAAUACGAUGGGUUCUUUUAAGUGCGACUGUGUUAAUGGAACUAUAAGGGACGUUAAUAGUGGCACUUGUAAAAUGCCUGGAGAAUGUCUAUCAGAUAAUGACUGUUCAGAGCAAACAAAAUGUAAUAAUAAUCGUUGUAUUAACCCAUGUGAUAAAUUAGUUUGCGGCACAAACGCUGCUUGCACGGUCUCCAAACAUAAGCCAGUAUGUGAAUGUGAGCCAGAUAGUCAAGGUGAUCCGUAUAAGAAAUGUACGAAAUUCGAAUGUGUUAGAGAUUCCGAUUGCUCGUCUGAUGAAGCAUGCUCUAAUAACAUAUGCAUUAACUCGUGCAGUUUACCACGUGCUUGUGGUAAGAAUACCAACUGUUUAUCAAAAGCCCACGUCGGCUAUUGCUCUUGCAUGUCAGGAUAUACGGGUGAUCCUGUUCUUGGAUGUGUACCUAUACAAUACUGUAAUGAUGACAGUAGAUGUUCUUCGGGUACUAAAUGCGUUGAAAACUUAUGCCUAGCCGUGUGUCUAAAUUCAAGAGAUUGCUUUGAUGAUCAAAUCUGUAUUCAGGAAACAUGUAGACUUACCUGUAGUUCAAAUGACACUUGCCCAGAAUCACAUUUUUGUGCUAACGGAUUUUGUAUAAAGGACGUUAAAUGUAUUUCACACAAUGAUUGUGCUGAUGAUGAACAGUGUGACGUUGGACAAAACGGCAUAUCUCAUUGUGUUAAAUUAUGUGAAAAUCAACCUUGUGGAAGAAAUGCAUAUUGUUCAGGUCUUUCUCAUAAAUCCACUUGUUUGUGCAAAGAGGGUUUUAUCGGAGAUCCGGUAAAAGGAUGUAAAAAAAAGGAAUGCGACAGUGACAUAGAAUGCAACGAUGAUAAAUUCUGCGACAAUAAUAUGUGUAAAAUUGCUUGUUUAAGUAAUAACAGUUGUGGAGAAAACUCUAUUUGUUCAUCCCAAAAACAUAAGCAGGUAUGCUAUUGUCAACCUGGGUUUACUGGCGAUCCAGUUAAAGGAUGCAUACAAAUUAAUUGGUGCGAUUCACAACUGUGCGGUCAGGGCGCUGAGUGCAUUAACACACGGAGUAAUGCGAAGUGCAUAUGUCCUGUUGGGACUAUUGGAAAUCCAUAUGAAGAAGGUUGUCAUAAAGCUGAGGAAUGUCGAUUUAAUAGAGACUGUCCAGUUGUUGCUCGUUGUACAGUUACUGGCAGUGUUAGAAAAUGUACAGAUGCUUGUGAGAAUAUUAAAUGUGGAGCAAACGCUGAGUGUAUUGCAGCAAGACAUUCUGGGCAAUGUAAAUGUAAAGCAGGAUACUUUGGAAAUGCGGCGAGUGAAAAAGGCUGUCGGCUUCAAGAAAUAACAUGCACUGAAAGAAGCGAUUGCCCAGAUGAAUUAUAUUGUCAUAAGGGAGUCUGUAAAGGAUUAUGCAUAAAUGAUGAAGAGUGCGAAUCAAAAGAAAAAUGUUACAAUGGUCAAUGUAUCAAUCCUUGUCAAAUGGAGAAGACCUGUGGGCUUAAUGCUAUCUGCCAAACUGAAAACCAUGUUGUACAAUGCAGUUGCCCUUAUAGUUUCACUGGAAAUCAAGACGUCGAAUGUGUUAGAACUCCGAGGUUAUGUGGUUCUGCUGGAGAAUGUGAAGAUGGUUACGUUUGCAAAGAUUCGGCAUGUUUACCUCACUGUAACUUAGACGAAGAAUGCGCUCUAAAUGAGAGAUGUUCUCAAGGAACUUGCAUGCUAACAUGUCGCGUCGAUAACGACUGCUUCCUCGGGCAUAUAUGUUUAUCUAACAGUUGUCGGUACGGAUGUAGACGUGAUGAUGAUUGUGGACAAGAAGAAAUUUGUAACAAUAACUUCUGUAAAAAUCCUUGUACCCAAGAUGUAAAUCCUUGCGGCCCAAAUGCUUUAUGUUCCGUCGUUGAUCGGAAAGCUGUUUGCUCUUGUACAGAUGGCCUUAUAGCAAAUCCAACACCUAAUGUCGGAUGUGUUCGAGCCCCAUCUUUGUUUUGUGAAAAGCACACUGAUUGUACUUCUGGUUGGAGAUGUGAAGAUGAUCGAUGCCGUCCAGUAUGUAGUGCGGAUGGGUCAGAAUGCUUAGAAGGAGAACGAUGUAAUUCAGGAGUUUGUCGAUAUGCAUGUACUUCAGAUGAACAUUGCUCAGAUGAUGAAGUUUGUGACGGUCAUUUUUGUAUCACUGGCUGCAGAUCUAAUUCUCACUGUCCGAGUGAUCUUGCUUGCAUAUCAGGACAGUGUGUAGAUCCCUGUGUCGAGCCAGGGACGUGUGGUGCAAAUUCUUUAUGCAUCACAGUAGACCACCGUGCAGUAUGUAGAUGUCCUCAAUAUUUAGUUGGCGAUCCAAAAGUUGUAUGUAAAAGAAAACCAUCACCAUGCGAUAGUAACAAAGACUGCGAUGACGGUUUCAGUUGCUACGGAGAUACGUGCUACCCAUCAUGUAGAAGAGACAACAUAUGUUUAUCUAAUGAAAAAUGCAUACGUGGUAUAUGUAGGCUUAUCUGCAAUAGCGACGACGCGUGCAGUGAGGGACAUAUUUGCGAGAAUAGGAUAUGCAAGCAAGGAUGUCGAGAUGACAAUGCUUGUGAAUCUAAUCAAGCAUGUUUAAACGGUCAAUGUAAAGAUCCCUGUAAUGACGUAUUGGCUUGUGGAACUUGUGCAGAGUGUAAAGUAUUGAAUCAUCGUACAUUAUGCAGCUGCGCGAGUAAUUAUACAGGAAACCCACUAGUUGAGUGCAAGAAGAAACCACAACUCUGUGAUGGAUUUUGUCCAUGUGACGAAAGUGGAUAUUGUGUUUCAGUUUGUACUGAUAGUUCAGAUUGUAGUUGUGGUGAGAAAUGUGUUGAUGGUGGAUGCAGAACACUUUGUUCCGCAAGGAAUAGAUGUCCUGAAAGACAAAUAUGUGCACAAGGAGCGUGCAUACCUGGCUGUAACAAUAACAGAGAUUGUGGUAAUGAUAUGACAUGCUCAUCAAAGAAAUGUGUGGAAGUCUGUAGAGAAAGUUCCUGCGGAAAAAAUGCCAUUUGUUUGGCCAACAGACAUCGGCCCAUUUGUAGUUGUCCUAGUGGUUUUUCAGGGGAUCCUAGAAACGAAUGUAAACCAUACGAGUGCACAAAGAAUAGCGAAUGUGAGUCAGAUGAAGCGUGCAAUAAUGAAGGAAAGUGUAAAAAUGUAUGUUUCAAUGCUUGCGGCGCCAAUGCAAUAUGCCGUCCUGAGAACAGAGUACCUCAAUGUUCUUGCCCGCCAAACUACAUAGGAAAUCCAAAAAUAGAAUGCUCAAAACCUGCAGCAGGUAGUUGCUUACGAAAUCCAUGUGGAAUUAAUGCUCGUUGUCGUGAUCUAGACGACGGUAGCUAUGAAUGCACAUGCCCUCCAGGAUGUGCUGGCAAUCCACAAAAACAAUGUUUUUGUGGCGCUAUGGCACCAUGUGCCCACAAAGCAUGUGGUAGCAAUGCUCAGUGUCGAAUUGGUCACAAGAGUGAAGCGCAAUGUUACUGCCCUCGAAAUUAUCCGAAUGGAGAUCCUAAUAUAGAAUGUACUCAGGAAAAAAGCGUUGUUGACUGUCGGACAACCGGAUGUGGAACCAACGGGGAAUGCUUAAGAGAAGGGGCCGAAUUUGUAUGUCGUUGUAUUCCUGGCACAGAGGGACAAGCUGAUAUCGAGUGUCACACCAGUAUCGAAUGUACGAGCGAUAAAGACUGUCCAGUGGACAAAGCGUGUUUGAGCUUACGUUGCGUCGACCCUUGCACUAUACGUGGUGUGUGUGGAGAGGAUGCCCUGUGCGUGUCGGUGAUGCACCGAGCGCAGUGCUCGUGUCCACAGUGCUACGUGGGCCAGCCGCGUUCAUCCUGUCGACUUGACCCAACUUGUAAGCCCACUGCAGAAGUCAACAUUACAUUCAACUGUUCAGAAUCGAAGCCAUGCCCAUUGAAAUUGGCCUGUGAUUUCAAUACAAAUCAAUGUCGAAAUCCAUGUUUGGGCUAUCAGAAUUGUAGUAGGAAUCAAAAAUGUGAAGUUCGAAAUCAUACGCCUGUUUGUGUGUGCCGUAAUGGAUUUGCACUAAAUGACAGAGGAGAAUUAACUUGCGCACCAGAACACGCAGAGUGUACACGAGACGAGCAAUGCCCCUCCAAUGCAGCGUGUCGAGACUCGAAAUGUGUGAAUCCUUGCUUAGCGUCUAAGCAACCGGUUUGUGAUAAAGGAAAACAAUGUGAUGUCUUAGAACAUCGGGCUUACUGCAUUUGUGUUGAAGAUUGUCAUCCAACUGUAUCUAUAUGUUUAAGAGAUAAUGGAUGCCCCCAAAACUUAGCUUGCAUAAACUUCCAAUGUAAAGAUCCAUGUAAGGAGGCUUGUGGGGACGCUCCUUGCUCAGUUGAAGAUCAUCACCCUGUAUGCAAGUUUUGCCCAAAUGGAUUUACACACGACGAAAAACAUGGCUGCAUUAAAGCGUUAGAGUGUGGAGCGCAUGAGCAGUGCGCGGUGGGGCUGGCGUGCGUGAGUGGGCGUUGCUCAGACCCGUGCGCACGCGGCGGCCCGUGUGCGUCCGGACAACAUUGCGCUGUAGUAGAUCAUCAGCCUGUUUGUUCAAAAGUUUGCCAAUGUCAAACUUCUUCGGACUGUGCAAGAUAUCCCAACUCAAAAUGCGACGGGUGCAUCUGUGUACAAGGUGAUCACCCAUCUCCAAAUUGUGCCCACUGCCGACCUGGAGUUCCCUGCGAUCCAUUUUCGGGAGCUUGUAUGGAAAAUGAUCGACCUCUAAAUGCAUUCCCACUAACCGAAACAUACUCCAAAACAUUUGAAACAACUACUUCUACGAUAAAAAAUAAGACUUUUAUUUCUCAAUAUGACAGUAAAGAAAAUAAAGACAACAAUAGUGACACAACAACUGAAAGUGCGUUAGAGCAAACGGAUAUAAUAUUUUCUGAAGAAACUACUAAAGAAAAUUAUUCUACAGAUCGUUUUAAUUACAUUGAUUCACAAACUACUAAUUUCAAUGAAUUCGUUAAUAUAGGUGAAAUAGAAUCAUCUGAUGUUACUUAUAACACAGAGAGAACAAAUAAAGAUUCAAUGACGUCUGGUGCUACUAUAGAUUUAUCUAAUGAAUUCAGUACAAUCAAAUCAACAACAUUAAGUUUUGGUACUGACCUUCCGAUAUUAUUAAAUGAUUCGAAUGAAAAGGAAAUAUUCACAGUAUCCAACAAAGAUAAUAAGCUAGAUUUGCAGACAACACUAGACUAUGAUGAACUUUUACAGAGUAGUAGUACAAUUCACGGUGAAAGUACUUUUAAACCUCAAUUACCAUUUAAAAGAACAGAAACUAGUGGAAAACAAGUAAAUGAAAAUAAAAACACUAAAACUCCAGAAAAUCAAAGAAAUUUACACAAUUAUACGAAUAGUAUAAUUAAAAUGACCGUCGCAACAAAACUUGUAGAAACUACAGAACCGAUAGAAACCAAAGAAACUACGAACAUACCGUUGAAUAUGCGAACAGAAAAUACACCCAGGAGUCCAGAUGAUAUUAUUUCAGUUAAUAAAGAAGAGGAUACCUCGGAUAUUCAAUCUCAAAUAUCAGACUUAACAACAAAUAGUAUGAUGUUUGAAGAACAUCCAGUAACAAAAAGUUGGCCUACAGUAAGAGUAGAAGAGGAUAUAUCUUUAGGUGUAUCAGAAACAUCAAGUGCAGACACUAAUCAUAAUAUUCAUGCAACUCGUCCCACAGAACCUAUCAAAGAAAACACAAAAAAUAUUGAAACGCCUGCUACAACUUCACCAACAUCGUUAAAAAGUGACAUAAGUGAAACAACAUAUACAACAACAGAAAUUGAACCCGACCGUUUUGAUACUGUAAACGAAAUGUAUACUACUACCUUAAAUUAUUUCACAGAGAGUGUCAAGCCAGAAGAAGCAUUAUAUGGAACUACAAAAUUCUUUCGAGAUCCUACUACACGUGAAAUGCAAAGUACUAUUUCUUCUGGUGAUAUUACUGGUUACACUUUAUUGGAUUCUGUACGAACAACAUUACAAGAAACCAAACAAGUUUUUUUGAAUAUUCCUAUAAAAGAACAAGAACACGCGGUAUUAAACACUCACGAAAGUGACAAAAAUUUUGAUAUACUCACAUCAUCGACGGAAAGUAAUGAAUUAGUAUUAUCAAGAUUGAAAACUACAACAGAUCUAACUAAGGAUACAGAUACCCCAUCAACAAUAAGUGCUACGCAAUCAAAUGAGAAAAUAGAUAAUAAACUAAAUAUAACACCCAAUACAGACGCAACACAGUUUUUCAGUACUGAUACUGAAUCCUUGCCUACAAAUAGUGUACAGUAUACAGAUGAAGGUCCAACUAAACCUAGUAUAACAAACACUGAUAUUUAUGUCAGUUCAAUAUCAGAAACUACAACUAUCAAAAAUUAUAUGAGUACUGGAAAAUUAUUUUCUCCUGGAAUAAUAACUACAACCGAUGUAAAUCCAUCCGAUUCAAACUUAAACAAAGAAAUUUAUACAGUCACAGAAAGUUUCAAAGACGUCACCCCUAACAUAUUUACUGCGCCAACAAUCCUAAGCCAUAAUUCUGAACUUCCUACAACUUCAUCAGGCUAUCAUACUGAUAAAAAUAUCGAAACCACACUCUCCUUUCAAAACGAUAAUAAAGAAAUAUAUACAACUAAUUUGCAUAUAGAACAAACAACUGUCGAUAGUGCUGACCUAAAUCUACAUACUGAAAUAUCUACAGAAAAAUCAACGCACAAGGGAUUAAAUUUAGUAAAUAAAGAAAUUGAGAAAAAAAAUUCAUUAGAAAAAGUAUCUACAAAACCAUACGACAAUAUAAUUGGCACUACAGAAACAGUCUUGGGUGAUAAAAGAGAAUCAUUAGAAUCUAACAGCACUUCUAUUCUUAUUGCAACAGAAAGUUUACCGAGUGUAACUACCAUUAACCCACAGAUUUCUACAAUAGAAAAUACUUUAACAGACACAAAAAAACACAUCGAAUAUAUUAAAAAUGGAACUAUUGUUUAUUCUGAAUCUACAAUACGUGACAAUGUUACUCCACCUUACCAAAAUGUACCCACUAAGUUUGAUAAUAGAGAAACUACUACUAGUAGAGAUAAUAUAGAUGUAAUAACUAAUACUUCAUUACAAAAAAUAAGCACUACGCCUGAAAACGUUGGAAUUGCGACUAAGCAUACACCAUUGGAAAAUCAAAAUGAUUUAUUUGAAAUGCAUACAAUUUCUACUCCUAUUGCCACACAAAUUAUUUCAAAUGCUUCAACAAUUUCUUCUGCUGAUUCUUAUGUAUCAGAUGAAACUGAAAAAACAACAACAGUGCUUUCAAGUGAAAACGUCAUUCCAUUGUAUAAAACUACACUGACUACGAUUUUAGACUCUAAAACAAAUAGCGAAACUAAAACAGGUGAAGGUGAUAUAUCAUCUACUGAAAAACAAGAUUCAUUGUUUUCUACUACCAACAUCAAAGAUUCAGAAGCGAUUUUCACUACUAAUUCUAUAAUGGAACAAAGUAGUAUAUUUCAAAACGAAGGUAUUGAAACAACAACAGUCACGUCUUCUGCCUCGUCAGUGGAUAAUAUUGCUAACGUUUUUAAUCAAAAUUCAACUGGUGUCACUGACGGUGGAAAGACAGAUGAUCAAUAUAGUACACCAAAUAUUGAAAAUAAAUAUUUAUACACAUCAAUCGAUGAAAUCUUAAAAACAGAAAAGGAGUCGUUCACAAGUUUCAAUGACGAAAAAGUUUAUACUACAAUCUCAGACACAUUUGUUUCUGAAGGACAUACGAAUCCAUUAAAAGAAACAACAAGUUUUACCUCUAGUGAAACUUCUUCUGCUUCGACCGUGGAUAAUAUUGCUAGUGUCUUUAGUCAAAAUUUAUCUGAUGUCACUGACGGUGGAACGACAGAUGAUCAAUAUAGUACACCAAACAUUAAUAAUGAAUAUCUAUACACAUCAAUCGAUGAAAUAUUAAAACCUGAAAAGGAGCCGUUCACAAGUUUCAAUGAUGAAAAAGUUUAUACUACAAUCUCAGACACAUUUGUUUCUGAAGGAUAUACGAAAUCAUUAAAAGAAACAACAAGUUUUACCUCUAGUGAUAGUAAAUCUAAUUUCUUUCCCACAUCUUUACUUAAUGAUGAUGAAAUCCCAUCUUCUUCCGUGAUGUCGACUAUACAUUCAACCUUGACCACUGAUAGUGGAACAAAAAUCGAGAACGAAGAACCUACAACAGCCGUUGAAAUGAAAAGUCCAAAAGAAACAAUUGAAUUUUUCAAUAAUAUAACUAAUACUACGCCUACUCAAUUCGAUGAACAAAAAGAAAUAUCACAAAACUAUACCAUUACCUCUGUAAGCACAGAUGAUUCAAAAACCGAAACUAAUACUUUUUCCAAUAUUUAUAAGGAGAUUGAAAGUACUACUGCAAAUACAGAAGAGCAGCCUAUAGUCUAUUUGUUAACAUCCACAAUCUCUCCAGAAAUUAUUUCUACUAAAAUAAAACCCGACCAAAUUUCGCCAGGCACAGAAAAAACAACGACAGAUACCAUAUUUUAUCCUACGAAUAUUACAAUGUCUCAGGACGAAAAAGUUUAUACAGUUAACUCACUGGAUAUUAAAAAUGAUUCAUUCACAACUCCCACAACACUCACACCUACUACUGUAGUUUCUGACAAUUUAGAAAUUCUUAAUAUGACCAAUAAAUACACACUAGAUACUAAUUCUAAAAGUACCGCUACUGAUAUUGAUGUGGAAAUCUCACUUACUUCUGAAUCUAUGUUAGUUAAUAACGUUACCCCACAUUACGAAACACAUACACCUGACUUAUUAUCGAUUGAUGACAAGAAUAAAGCAGACGAUAAACAAACUGAUAUUAUUGUAACUACAAAUGCUUACGAUAUAGGCGUUAUAGGAAACACUAAAUUCGGCAAAGAAAACUCAUUAAUAACUACUGUAGGGCCCACUGCCGUUAUAAUUAAUAUGGAGUUUAAGAGUACCACGUCUACGGAAAAAGACACAAUUUUACUAAAAGAAAAUACAUCUUCUAAAACUGAAGAUAGCACGGAAUACCUCGGAACUAAAUCUGCAAUGUCAUCCGAAUCUACUGAUAUUCAUAAUAUAAGUUCAUCUCCUGAAAAGCCAAUUUCUACCACGCAGUCAAUAUUUGUUACACAAAACGAAAUAUCAAUGGAAAUUUCCAGUGCAAAAUUCACAACAGUUACACCAAUUACUGAUAUAUCAUUAACUAAAAGCACAACAGAACUGUAUAAAACUAUAAACGCUGUCACAGAGAACAUUUUAGACAAAACGUCUAAUAAUGAAUACAAUUCAGGUUCCACACAUGAAACCACUUUGCCUACAACGAAAAAUAGUAUUCAAGAUGUUGAAAUAAAGACGACGCUUCCAUCGCUAACUACUACUUAUAAAAAUACAAAAGACGACGAUAUUGGUCAAACAACCCUUGCUAAUGAAAGUUCUUUGUCUCAAACCGAAACCACUUUUACAACUGGUACUAAUCCAGAAAAUAUUGACGGCAAUGAAUUUGCGACUUUUUCUACAACAAACAUCCCAACAGACAAUAAUUUAUCGACAACUGCAUACACUGAUAAUAUUGAAAUUUAUAAAACAAUUAACACUGAUACUACGAAAAAUGAUGAUUUUAGUCAAUAUUCUGAAACAACAACUAUUACUGAUGUAUCUAAGCAUAAAUCCAUUUUAAGUACUCAGAAAACCACUGCAUUAGGCACUACAGAAUCUGGUAAUAACGUAAAGGCAACUGCACAAACAAGUGGUUUUUAUACUUUUGAUGAUACGAGUGAAAGGGAUAAAGUAACUGAACAAAGUUCAACUUCAAAAAUACUAACUAACGAAGAUUUUACAAAAUCUACCAACUUCAUUUCUACGAUAACAUCAGAAUCGCCUUUCAAUUUUAGUCAAGAGUACGAAAACAAAGAUUACUAUCCAUCAUCAAUAUCUGCACACACAAGUACUUCUUUAGAAAAUCUUUCGUCUCGAAGAAAAGACAUAGACAUUCCCGCAUGGACAGAUUCUACAGCCAACUAUGAUAUGACUUCAACUGAAACUAUUACCACAGUUACUGACUCUCAAAGUAAUAACCAAUGUAAAUUAGACAUUCACUGUUCGACGGACACAUUUUGUUAUAUUGGAGUAUGUCAAAACCCAUGUGAAAUUCGGAACCCUUGUACAAAGAAUGCUUCCUGUAAAGUUUUCAACCAUGAAGCUGUUUGUGCGUGCGAUGGUCCUGCUGGGGAGAACUGUGAAAAAGAAUCACCUGGAACACCUAAGGCACCAGAACCUUGUCAUUCUGAUCGGGAUUGUAUAGAAACAGAGGCCUGUUUUAUGGGACUGUGUCAAAACCCUUGCGAAUUUGACAAUGUAUGUGGUGUUGGAGCUAAAUGCCAUCCUGUUAAGCAAAGACCUAUGUGCUCGUGUCCAGCUGGUUAUGAUGGAGAUCCCGCUGUUAAAUGUUCACCUAAAACAUCUGGUUGCACUCGAAACGAAGAUUGUCAGUUAACUGAGGCUUGUAUAAAUAAUGCAUGUCAACAUCCAUGUGCUAUACACAAUCCAUGCGUACCUAACGCUGUCUGUAUAAAUACGAACCACGGUUCAGAUUGUAGUUGCGUCGAAGGAUAUCAAGGCAAUGGAUACGUCGGAUGUGUCCCAGUGGUUGAUAGUCGUUCAGUUUGUCAAUACAAUGAAGAUUGUCCACCAGAACUAUUAUGUGAUAGAUUGAAUAGAGUAUGCAUAAAUCCAUGUGCUAUUAAUGAAUGCGGAGACAACGCUGAGUGUUUUCCCUCAAACCACGGCAUACAAUGCAAAUGUUUUGCAGGAUUUACUGGAAACCCAUUUUUAGAAUGUUACCAAGUGCAAGGUUGUAGAUCAGACAAUGAGUGUAGCAGUUCUGAAGCAUGCAUAAACGGUAAAUGUGAAUCGCCGUGUAGGUGUGGAACAAAUGCAAUAUGUGACGUCCAAAAUCACCGUGCUUCGUGCAAGUGUUUGGGAGGUUACACUGGCAACCCAGCGCUAAAUUGUGAACCACCAAGGAAUCCUUGUAUUCCUAAUCCGUGCGGCAUUAAUGCUCUAUGCGAAAUUGACAAUGGCAAUCCAAUAUGUUUCUGUCCUAAAGGAUUGACUGGCAAUCCAUUCAAGACUUGCAUUCCGGAAGGCAAUGAAUGUGAACCCAAUCCGUGUGGACCAUUUACUGGAUGUCGAAUUAUAGAUAAUAAGCCGGCUUGUUUCUGCUUACCUAAUUAUGAAGGAAAUCCGCCUCGCCAACCUUGUCGUUUGCCAAAUAACCCAUGUAAUCCUUCACCCUGCGGACCAAAUACACAAUGUACAGUUUUAUCAAAUGGCUUCUCCAAGUGUACUUGCUUGCACGGUUACGUUGAAAGCCCAAAUACUGUUCGAGGUUGUGUCGAACCGCGGAAUCCAUGUGAGCCAAAUACUUGUGGAAUAGGGGCACGAUGUGAUCCAAAUAGAACACCAGCAUGUUACUGCCCCGAAAACACACGUGGAAAUCCUUAUAAGUCUUGUGAUCAUCCUACUUACUUACCCCCGUCUAUACUCUGCCAACCAGGGAACUGUGGAGAAAAUGCUGAUUGCUACGUAAGUAGUAACAGAGAAAUGUGUUUCUGUAAAACUGGAUUUGUCGGAGAUCCGUACAUUCGUUGUCAACCGCAAAAAAGCCCUUGUAGUCCAAAUCCUUGCGGAUCGCAAGCAGUAUGUAACAUUAAUUAUGAUGGACAAGCAUUAUGCACUUGCAGUGAAGGAAGCACUGGCGAUCCUUACAGUUUAGAAGGUUGUCACUCUCGGGAAUGUGAAAUAGAUGAUGAAUGUGCAUUAGAAAAGUCUUGUAUUGGUUACACGUGCCGUGAUCCAUGCCCUGGUAUAUGCGGCUUAAACGCAAGAUGUCACGUCGAGUCUCAUCAUCCUGUUUGUACUUGUGAAGAUGGAUUAAUAGGCAAUCCUUUAAUAUGUUGUUUACUUCCCGAAGAACUUAAAACUAACAGGCCGUGUAAUCGUGCACCGUGUGGUACCAAUGCGAUUUGUCAAGAUGUUGAAGAUGAGGCUUUAUGCUCUUGCCCUCCUGACUUUUAUGGUGAUCCAACUAAGGAAUGUAAGCCAGAAUGCUUGAUGAACUCAGAUUGUUUACCAAACGAAGCCUGUAUUAAUAGAAAAUGUAUCGAUCCUUGUGCACAAAGCAAUAUAUGCGGAAUAAAUGCUGUUUGCCUAUGUUCAGACCACACUGUGUCAUGUUUAUGUCCGGACGGAUAUAUAGGAGAUCCUUUGAUCCAAUGCAUAUAUCGACCCAUAAUAAUCGUCCCCGACAAUUCGACGUUACAACCAUGUACACCCAACCCAUGUGAUCCAAAUUCAUCAUGCGAUACUUUCGGAGACAAGUUUGCCGUGUGUAAUCUAUGUACUGGCUCCAACGCAAUAAACAAUCCUGCAUGUAGACCAGAAUGCGUUUUAAAUUCAGACUGUGCAUUUAAUAAAUUUUGUUUAAAGAAUAAAUGUGUGGAUCCUUGCCCUGGAUCAUGUGGUUUUAAUGCUGAAUGUAAAGUAUAUCACCACGAUCCAAUUUGUCAAUGUAAACAUGGUUUUGAAGGCAAUCCGUACGAACAUUGCAAGUUCACAAAACAACCUACUCCGCCAGAAACAUGUGACAAUGUACGUUGUGGAGCCAAUGCUAUAUGUCAAGAUUUGAAUCAUGCCUUAACGUGUAAAUGUUUACCAGGAUUUUACGGCAAUCCAUUCAUGUCCUGCAGACCAGAAUGUGUUAUAAACAGUGAUUGUUCUUCUAAUUUAGCGUGCAUAAAUAAUAGGUGUGAAAAUCCUUGUCAAAAUGUUUGUGGAAUUGAAGCCUUAUGUGAAACUGUCAACCAUCACGCUAUUUGUUAUUGUUCACCGGGCCAAACGGGUGAUCCAUACGUAAGAUGUCAAGAAAAUCCCCCUACAACACCUACCUUAUUCACAUGUGAUCCUUCGCCAUGUGGAGCUUAUAGUCGCUGUCUAGUUUCACCAUCAGGGUUUGCCAUGUGCUCUUGUCUGCCCGGUUUCAGAGGUGUUCCACCAAUGUGUCAACCAGAAUGUGUUAGUAAUUCAGAUUGUCCUCAACAAGAAACUUGUGUCAACCAACGGUGUAUAGAUUCAUGCCAUGGAAGUUGUGGAGUUGGAGCGAAUUGCAUUGUAGUAAAUCAUAACCCAAUAUGUAGCUGUGGACCAGAAGAAACUGGAGAUCCUUUUGUAGUGUGUACAGCAUAUAUAGAUAAUGAGCCGAAUGAGAAAAAUCCGUGUUUGCCAUCACCGUGUGGGCCUAAUUCUGUUUGUGAAAUAAAAUCUAAUCAUCCAGUAUGUUCUUGUCAACCAAACUACUCUGGAUCACCACCAUAUUGCAGACCGGAAUGUAUUAUUAGCCAAGAAUGCCCAUCAAAUCGGGCAUGCAUUAAUGAAAAAUGUGUAGAUCCAUGCAAUGACGCCUGUGGAAAUAAUGCUGAAUGUAAUGUUGUAAAUCACACUCCUUUAUGUAGCUGUCUGGAUGGAUACAAAGGUGACGCUUUUAUAGGAUGCAUUGCAGUGUCCAGAGAUGAUUCUAUUACACCGUGCAAUCCAUCACCUUGUGGCGCGAACACGAUUUGUUCAGUUGUUAAUAACGCAGCGCGAUGUUCGUGCAUACCUCCCAAUAUUGGAAAUCCAUAUGCAGGUGGAUGCAGGCCUGAAUGUUCUCAUAAUUCCGAUUGUCCAAAUAAUUUAGCCUGUCUGUCGAAUCACUGUCGAGACCCAUGUAAAGACUUAUGUGGCGUUAACGCAGAGUGUAUUGUUACCAAUCAUGUUCCUGUUUGCACUUGUUUUAAAGGAUACGAAGGGGAUCCAUUUUCCUCUUGUCGCAGAAAAUAUGCUCCACCAGCGACGCCUAUCAAUCCUUGUCAGCCUUCACCUUGCGGUCCCAACAGCGAAUGUCAUGUAGUCAGCCAACGUGCAGCCUGUUCUUGCCGUGCCGGUUACCUCGGCACUCCUCCAGCGUGCCGUCCUGAAUGCGCGGUGAACUCGGACUGCCCGACUAACAGAGCUUGUAUCAACCAAAAAUGCAAGGACCCGUGCAUUCAAAGCUGUGGCCUUGACGCACUUUGCCACGUUGUCAGUCAUAAUCCCAUCUGCAUGUGCCCUGAAAGUUUUCCUGAAGGAGAUCCAUUUAUCCGGUGUUUCAAAAAAAGUGUUUCACUGCCAGCGCCUGACCCCUGUUUACCUUCGCCCUGUGGUCCGCAUUCUAUCUGUCGAGACGAAGCUGGCCGAGCAGUUUGCGCCUGUGAGCCAGGCACUUUGGGAGCGCCUCCGGCAUGUCGGCCACAAUGUCUUAUUAACCAAGACUGUCCACUUGCCCUUGCAUGCCUAAGUGGUAGCUGCAUAAACCCGUGCGUAGGUUCGUGCGGAUUUAAUGCGCGCUGCGUGGUUCAAAAUCAUCAGCCAAUAUGCUCAUGUGACGACGGCUAUUCUGGAGACCCAUUCUCUGGUUGCAAUCCUUUCGAAACUCCUAAAGAAGUUUUCCACCAACCUUGUAAUCCAUCACCUUGUGGACCCAAUGCCCUCUGUAAAGAAAGAAAAGGUGCCGGUGCAUGUACAUGUAUAGAUGACUUUUAUGGAGAUCCUUAUUUGGGUUGUAGGCCUGAAUGCGUUAUGAAUACAGAUUGUGCUAUUAGCAGAACCUGUUUUAAUAACAAAUGCGUAGACCCAUGUCCAGGAUCUUGCGGGAAAAACGCAGAAUGUAGAGUUUUCAAUCAUGCACCUUCAUGUUACUGCUUGCCGGGAUAUACUGGAAACGCUCUUCAUGCAUGUACUCCUACCAUAUCUAUUACGGGACCAAUCGAUCCAUGCCACCCUUCACCCUGUGGCCCUUACAGUAAAUGUCGUGUGUUUAAUGAUCACGCGGUUUGUACGUGUCUUGAUAUGUGUGUUGGUUCUCCCCCGAAUUGUCGACCUGAAUGUAUUGUUAGUGCUGACUGUCGACCAAAUAAAGCGUGCAUUCAUAAUAAAUGUCAAGACCCAUGCCCUGGCACAUGUGGAAUAAACGCUCAAUGUCAAGUCGUGAACCAUAAUCCAAUCUGCAGCUGUUUGUAUGACUUCACUGGUGAUCCCUUUGUAAAAUGCUUCUUGGAAGACAAACAAAUGACACCCAUAAAUAAUUGCCUGCCGAAUCCAUGCGGCCCACAUUCCCAAUGCAACGAUAUAAAUGGACAUCCAGUAUGUUCCUGUUUAAGAAAUUACAUCGGUCGUCCACCAAAUUGUCGGCCAGAAUGCGUUACGGAUAUUGAAUGUCCAGGAAACCUAGCAUGUAUCUCUGAGAGGUGUAGUGAUCCAUGCCCUGGUUCUUGCGGUAUUCGUGCAACGUGUAACGUAGUAAAACAUAUUCCGAUUUGUGUAUGCGAUCAAGGUUAUACUGGUGAUCCUUUUUCUGGAUGUUCGAUUGCCCCUUCCAUCGAACAACAAUUGGACAAUCCAUGUACCAGAUCACCUUGUGGUGUCAAUGCAGUAUGUAAAGAAAGGCACGGAAUUGGCUCAUGUUCAUGUCUACCUGAAUACUAUGGUGAUCCUUAUAUUGAAUGUAGACCAGAAUGUGUAUUAAACUCAGACUGUCCUAAAGAUAGAGCCUGUAUAAAUAACAAAUGUAAAAAUCCCUGUCCGGGUGUUUGUGGAAUGAACGCAGAGUGUCGCGUAAAUAAUCAUGCGCCAUCUUGUGCGUGCCACUUGGGAUAUGAAGGAAAUCCUUUUACUUCUUGUUACAUAAGACCGAUUGAAAAACAAUCAGAUCCAUGCAUACCUUCUCCGUGUGGACCAUACAGUGUAUGCCGCGCACAUAACGGGCACGCUAUUUGUUCUUGCCAGGACCAGUAUUCUGGCUCACCUCCUAACUGUCGUCCUGAAUGUAUGGUCAGCAGUGACUGUAUGCCGAACAGGGCUUGUAUCAAUCAGAAAUGUAUAGAUCCAUGUAUUGGCGCUUGCGGUGUUAACGCCAAAUGUACAGUUGUCAAUCACAAUGCUCUAUGUAGCUGUCCACGUAACUAUGUUGGCGAUCCGUUCAUUAAUUGUGCGUUUGAGGAAAGACCGGAGCCGAGACCAUCUGGUAAUCCUUGUAUUCCUUCGCCAUGUGGACCAAAUUCACAAUGUCGAGUUAUAGGAGAGACCCCAGCUUGUUCUUGUAAAGCUGGAUAUAUCGGACGUGCACCACAUUGUCGGCCAGAAUGUAUAUACGAUGAAGAAUGCCCAAGUAAUCUGGCAUGCAUUCGUGAAAAAUGUAUGAGUCCUUGUGACGGCUCUUGCGGUUCUAAUGCUAACUGUAAUGUCAUUGCACAUAAAGCUGUAUGUCACUGCCGCGAAAGUUAUACGGGAGAUCCUUUUAGUGGUUGCUAUUUUAUCGUGACAGUACCAAGUGAAGAUGAAACAAAUCCUUGUAAUCCAUCGCCGUGCGGGCCAAAUUCUCAGUGCACUGAAAGAAAUAAUGCUGGAGCAUGCACUUGUUUACCAGGCUACUUUGGAGACCCAUAUCUGGGCUGUCGGCCUGAGUGCGUCACUAAUAACGAUUGCUCUUCAGACAAAGCUUGCUCAAAUAAUAAAUGUAUAAAUCCUUGUCAAGGCGCGUGUGGAGUAAAUGCCUUAUGUAGUGUUGCACAUCACACGCCAGUUUGUCUAUGUAUCGAUGGUUACGAAGGAAAUCCCGUAAUAUCAUGUCAUCCACAAAGAAAGCCUCCUGAAGAUUUCAAUCCUUGUGUACCAUCACCAUGCGGACCAUAUAGUAUUUGUAAAGAGAUAAACGGACAUGGAGUAUGUUCUUGCGAAGAAGGUUAUGUAGGAUCUCCGCCAACUUGCAGACCAGAAUGUGUAAUUAGUACAGAAUGCCCACAAUAUCAAGCAUGCAUAAAACAAAAAUGCAGGGAUCCAUGCGUGGGAACGUGCGGAGUUAACGCCCGGUGCCAAACAAUAAACCACAAUCCUAUUUGUACAUGCAAAGCGGGAUUUACUGGUGACCCAUUCGUAGUUUGUCAAUUAGAGCCAAAACCUAUCUUUAUGGGACCUAAAGGAAAUCCAUGCAUACCAUCACCAUGUGGUCCAAAUUCUCAAUGUAAAGUAGUUGGAGAAGCGCCUGCAUGUUCAUGCUUACCAAAUUACAUUGGUAUCGCACCAAAUUGUAGACCAGAAUGUUCUAUCAAUGCUGAAUGCCCCGGUAAUCUUGCAUGCCAGAAUGAAAAAUGUGUAGAUCCUUGCCCAGGUUCAUGUGGCUUUAAUGCGGAAUGCACCGUAGCAAAUCAUGUAGCAUUGUGUAACUGUCUACCGGGUCAUACUGGUGACCCAUUCAGUGGAUGCUCUGCCAUUGAAUAUGCUUCGGAACCGCCGCCUAACCCAUGCAAUCCAUCACCAUGUGGCGCGAAUGCAUUGUGUAAAGAACGAAAUGGAGUUGGUUCUUGCGCCUGCUUACCAGAAUAUUUUGGAGAUCCGUACACGGGAUGUCGCCCGGAGUGCGUGUCAAACUCGGAUUGUGAUCGUAAUAAGGCUUGCUCUAACAACAGAUGCAAAGACCCGUGCCCAGGAUCAUGUGGUAUUAAUGCAGAAUGUAGAACAGUCAAUCAUUCUCCUACGUGUACUUGUCUCUCUGGAUAUACAGGAAAUCCACUUGCAAAAUGUGACCUACAAAUUAUGCCGGAUAUUGAGGAAAAACAACUAGAUCCUUGCCAGCCGUCACCAUGCGGACCGAAUAGCCUUUGUCGUGCAGUGAAUGGCCAUAGUGUGUGCACUUGUGAGAUCGGUUAUAUUGGAACUCCGCCCUCAUGUCGGCCAGAAUGCAUAGUUAGCUCAGAAUGCCCACAAGACAAAGCUUGUAUUAACAAAAAAUGCGUUGAUCCGUGUCCAAAUACAUGUGGCUUUAAUGCACGCUGUCAAGUUGUAACACACAACCCCAUUUGCAGUUGUACGUCUGGUUUUACAGGAGAUCCUUUCACAAAAUGUAUUCCUGAAGAAAAAACUGCGCCAACCAACCCCUGUGUUCCCUCGCCUUGCGGGCCCAAUUCCGAAUGCCGUGUUAUUGGUGAUCAGGCGGCAUGCUCAUGCCUAACUAAUUAUAUUGGAAGAGUACCAAACUGCAGACCAGAAUGUACAAUAGAUCCUGAGUGCCCCAGUAAUGCAGCUUGUAUAAAUGAGCGCUGCAAAGAUCCUUGCCAGGGCUCUUGUGGAUUAAAUGCAUUAUGUUUAACCGUGAAUCAUAAGCCAAUGUGCUCAUGUCAACAAGGCUUCACUGGAGAUGCUUCUAGAAGUUGUACUCAAAUUGUCAUAUCAAGUACCGAAAUGACCCCAACCACAAGUCCUUGUACUCCAUCUCCGUGUGGACCUAAUGCAGAAUGCCGCGAAUAUAAUGGUGCAGGUGCUUGUUUCUGCUCCGAGGGUUAUGAAGGUGAUCCAUACAGUGUUAAUGGCUGCCGAAGAGAAUGUGAAAGUAAUGACGACUGCGCCUUUAAUUUAGCUUGCACGCGAUUCAAAUGUAUAGAUCCAUGCCCUAGAACUUGUGGUCAGUUAGCUCAAUGCACUGUCGAAAAACAUGUUCCUGUGUGUUCAUGUCCCGUGGGCUAUACUGGAGAUCCAUUUUUCCAAUGUAGAGAGAUACUUCUUGAACCCACUCCAGUAAGAAACCCAUGUGAGCCUACGCCAUGCGGGCCGAACAGUCAAUGCCGACAGGUUAAUAUGCAAGCUGUAUGCUCAUGCCUUCCAAACUAUAUCGGUUCGCCUCCAUCAUGUAGACCUCAAUGUGUUGUGAACAGUGAAUGUGACACAUCUAAAGCGUGUAUCAAUCAAAAGUGUGAUGAUCCUUGUCCGAAUACAUGUGGUCUUCGAGCACAUUGCCUUGUUAAAAAUCAUAAUCCAAUAUGUACAUGUCCUGGAGGAAUGACAGGAGAUCCUUUCACACAAUGUUAUACAAUACCACCAACAACUGAACGACCUCCAUCGUGUACUCCUUCUCCAUGCGGUCCGCAUUCACGUUGUCAACUCCUAGCGAGUGGACCUGCAUGCUCCUGUUUGCCAAGUUAUAUUGGAUCUCCACCAUCGUGUCGCCCAGAAUGUACAAUUAAUUCUGAAUGUCCCGCUUCUUUAGCUUGUGUUAGACAAAAAUGUGAAGAUCCCUGCCCAGGUUCAUGCGGUGUUGAGGCUAACUGCCAUGUUUUAAAUCACGUAGCCGUGUGUGUAUGUAAUGAAGGAUUUACAGGAGAUCCUUUCUCCAGAUGUUCACCGAUUAGCGAAGCACCUACGACACAAACUCCAUCAGAUCCAUGUAAUCCAUCUCCAUGUGGACCGAAUGCAAAAUGUGAUAAUGGCUUCUGCACUUGUUUACCUAAUUACAGUGGUAAUCCAUAUGAAUCGUGUAGACCUGAAUGCACUGGAAGUCAAGAAUGCCCUAGGGACAAAGCUUGUUUUAGAAAUAAAUGCCGCGAUCCUUGCCCUGGUGUUUGUGGACAGAAUGCAAAGUGUGAUGUCAUUAACCAUAUACCAAGUUGUUCGUGUAUUGUUGAUUAUACUGGAAAUCCGUUCAUACAUUGCCAGCCGAUGGAAAAAGAAAGAGCCCCACCUAAAGACCCAUGUCACCCAUCGCCGUGUGGACCGAAUAGUAUUUGCAGAACUACAGAUAACACAGCUGUUUGUGCUUGCGUUGAAGGAUUCCAGGGUUCUCCACCGGCAUGUAGACCGGAAUGUGUUGUUAGUUCUGAAUGUCCUUCAACUAAGGCUUGUGUCAAUCAAAAGUGUAUCAACCCAUGUAUCAAUGCCUGUGGUCUGUCAGCUCGAUGUGAAGUAAUUAAUCACAGUCCCAUAUGUAGCUGCAAUCCAGGACAGACCGGGGACCCAUUCAAGAGUUGUUAUGAUGUCGUAGCAACACUUCCUGAGCCAGUGGACGCUUGCAACCCUUCACCCUGUGGUCCUAACGCCUUAUGUAUAGAACGAAACGGCAAAGCAAACUGCAGAUGCAUAGACGAUUACGUCGGACAACCACCAAAUUGUAGACCAGAAUGUGUUAUUAAUCCCGAUUGUCCUUCUAAUCAAGCUUGCGUUAGAAACAAAUGCAUUGAUCCAUGUCCUGGAUCUUGUGGUAUAAAUGCCGAUUGCAUUAUUGUAAGCCAUACAGUUUCCUGUAUUUGCAAAGAAAAACAUACCGGAAAUCCUUUCUUACAGUGUGUGCCUUUAGAAGAAAAUGUCAUUCAGCCUUGUGAUCCAUCUCCGUGUGGAGCAAAUGCAGUAUGUAGCCAAAGAGAUGGUGCUGGAGCAUGCUCAUGCCUUGCGGGAUAUCAAGGAAAUCCCUAUGAAAGCUGCCGUCCUGAAUGUGUUCUUAGUUCGGACUGUUCUGCUGAUAAAGCUUGCAUAAGAAAUAAAUGCAUAGAUCCUUGCCCUGGAAUCUGCGGAACUUUUGCAGAGUGUACGGUCGUAAAUCACGUCCCAACAUGUGCCUGCGUUAAAGGCUACUCGGGAAAUCCAUUUGUGCGCUGUGAAAAAACUGAACCAUUACAAGAAAUAAGACCGUGUCAACCUUCACCUUGUGGUCCUAAUAGUAUCUGCCGAGAAAAUGGCGAAUUAGCGUCUUGUGAAUGUCUUCCAGAUUAUAUAGGAGCUCCACCUGAUUGUCGUCCCGAAUGUACUGUGAGUAGUGAAUGUCCGUCAGAUCGGGCAUGUCACAAAUUUAAAUGUGCCGACCCUUGCAGAGGCACUUGUGGAUUGGGUGCACAUUGUCAAGUUAUAAACCACAGUCCUUUGUGUAGCUGUCCAGCAGGCAGCACUGGCGAUCCAUUUACAAUAUGCCGGGAAAUUCAAUACUCCGAAACCGAAAAACCCAUUGAACCAUGCCAGCCUAAUCCUUGCGGUUCUUAUAGCGAAUGCCGUGCAAUAAACGAAAACCCGUCGUGUUCUUGUAUGAUUGGCUAUAUCGGAGCUCCGCCAAAUUGUCGUCCAGAAUGUCUUGUUAAUACAGAUUGCCCAUCACACCAGGCAUGUAUAGCAGAAAAAUGUACGAAUCCUUGUGAAGGUUCCUGUGGUUUCAAAGCAGAAUGCAGAGUCCAGGACCAUAUACCGAUUUGCAGUUGUCCAAUAGGUUAUUCGGGCGAUCCAUUUAUUCAGUGUGCUGCAGUAAUAGUUACGCCGACUCCAGCCUCAGAUCCUUGUAAUCCAUCGCCAUGCGGGAGUAACGCUAUAUGUGAAUCAGGAUCGUGUUCAUGUGCACCUGGUUUCUUUGGUGACCCAUACUCAGGAUGUCGUUUAGAAUGUAGUACUAAUGGUGAAUGUUCACCAACUCGUGCGUGCCAAGGCGGAAGAUGUAUUGAUCCAUGUCCGGGAGUAUGUGGUACUGGAGCAACUUGCUCUGUGAAUAACCACAUCCCAUCAUGCACCUGCCCGCCUAACACGUCGGGAGAUCCAUUCGCAUUCUGUACAGAAAUUAUUUUAGAAGAAAAGCCAAGGUCACCUUGCAGCCCAUCGCCUUGUGGUCCGUAUAGUGAAUGCACAGUGAGUUCUAAUGGUGCGGCUGCAUGUGCAUGCAGAAAUGGUCAUAUAGGUUCUCCUCCAUCUUGUCGACCGGAAUGUCUCGUGAGCUCCGAAUGUAAACUACAAAUGGCCUGUAUCGAUAGACGCUGUCGAGACCCUUGCGAAGGCGCAUGUGGGCGUGGAGCUCGCUGCCAAGUUAUAGCUCAUUCUCCGAUAUGCACAUGUACUGACGGAUUAACUGGCGAUCCUUUUAGUUAUUGCUACCCGUUACCAGCGCCUCCAUCGGAGCCAGAAGAUCCUUGUCAGCCUUCACCUUGCGGACCUAAUUCGAUAUGUGUAAAAACAGGAGACACACCAGCCUGCACUUGUCAAUCUGAUUAUAUCGGCUCUCCGCCCAAUUGUCGACCGGAAUGCACUAUAAGCGCUGAAUGUCCUGCGGCACUGGCGUGUGUAGCUCAACGAUGCAAAAAUCCUUGCACGCAGGCUUGCGGACCUGGCGCAGUAUGUUCUGCUGUAGAUCAUCGUGCCACUUGUGCAUGUGAACCUGGUUUGCAAGGUGAUCCUUUCCAGGGUUGCUCACGUUCCCAAGCUCCACAAACAUUUGAAUACUUAAAUCCCUGUGAACCAUCGCCUUGCGGUGCAAAUGCUGUAUGCAAAGUACAAGGGAAUGCUGGAUCAUGUACAUGUAUUUCGGACUAUUUCGGUGACCCGUAUCAAGGUUGCAGGCCAGAAUGCUUAGUUGACGCGGAUUGCCCCCUGGUUUUAGCUUGCAGCAGAAAUAAAUGUACUGAUCCAUGUCCGGGAGUAUGUGGAUUCAAUGCAGACUGUCAUGUCACAAAUCAUAAGCCAACAUGCUCUUGUAAAACUGGCUACAUCGGUAAUCCGUUGUCUAUGUGUUCUAUUAUGCGAGGUGAUGAUUUAUCAUUGAAUGUUUGUAAUCCAUCACCAUGCGGAGCAAACGCUGUAUGUAAGGAAAUAAACGGACAGCCAGUAUGCUCAUGUUUGAGCAAUUAUGUUGGUUCGCCUCCAAACUGCAAACCAGAAUGUGUUGUAAAUGCAGAAUGCAAAUCAAACAGGGCUUGUAUUAAUAACAGAUGUAUUAAUCCCUGUCCUAAACCCUGCGGGAAAAACACUGAGUGUAAAGUAAUAAAUCACAGCCCCGUAUGUUCCUGCCUUCAAGGAUAUUCUGGAAAUCCGUUUACUACGUGCACACAAAUAAUGCAUAUAUCUGCAAUCACGACAGCUUCAACAAACCCCUGUAUUCCAUCUCCUUGUGGUCUUUAUGCAGAAUGUCGGAAUAAUAAUGGUUUGCCAUCAUGUUCAUGUUUGCCAUCGUAUAUGGGUUCGCCACCUUUCUGUAAGCCCGAGUGCGUUAUACAUUCCGAUUGUCCUAGCAACCAAGCUUGUGUCAAUGAGAAAUGCCGAAAUCCUUGCGAAGGCGCAUGUGGAAUAUAUGCAGAAUGUUUUGUGAAUAAUCAUGUACCAGUUUGCUUGUGUUCAGAAGGAUUUACUGGUGAUCCAUUCCGUGAAUGUAGACCUAAACCAAUUAAAGAUACUACGCCAGUAACGCAACUUGAUCCAUGUUCGCCAAGCCCAUGCGGGCCGAACACAAAUUGUCAAAAUGGCGCCUGCUCUUGUUUAUCGGGCUAUCACGGUGACCCCUAUCUUGGUUGUCGACCUGAAUGCGUAUAUAACACAGAUUGUCCUCAAGAUAAAGGAUGCCAGCGCAAUAAAUGUGUAAACCCUUGUAUUGGUACCUGUGGAAUAAAUGCGGUAUGCGAUGUAAACAAUCAUAUUCCUAUGUGUACAUGUCCUAAGGGUAUGAGUGGUAAUGCAUUUAUUGAAUGUCGACGCGUUACAGUUACAAACAUCAAUCCGUGUAACCCAUCUCCGUGUGGACCAAACAGUCAGUGCCAGCAAUCUAACGGACAAGCAGUUUGCUCGUGUUUACCUGGAUAUCGCAGUAGUCCACCAACAUGCAGGCCAGAGUGUAUAGUUAGCCUCGAAUGCUCCUUAAAAGAGGCCUGUCAAAAUCAAAAAUGUAUAAACCCUUGUAUCGGCGCCUGCGGAUUGGCCGCAGUGUGCGAUGUAAUCAAUCAUAAUCCAAUUUGUUCAUGUCCACCAUCAUUUACGGGAGAUCCAUUUAUAAAAUGCACAAUAUUAGUUGAACGACAACAAAUUGAUCCGUGUGAUCCUUCGCCGUGCGGACCGCACUCGACAUGUAGAAUCAGUGGAGAGGGUCCAGUCUGCGCAUGUUUAAUAGGCUACAAAGGAUCUCCACCAAAUUGUAGACCAGAGUGUAUAAGCAACAACGAGUGUGACUAUAAUUUAGCCUGUCUUAAUCAAAAAUGUUCCGAUCCUUGUGUGGGAAGUUGUGGUUCAAACUCUGAAUGUAGAGUUGUGAAUCACUCACCUAUGUGCGUAUGUCUGGAUGGAUACUUUGGCGAUCCAUUUUCACAAUGCAAUCCCAUGGCCUCAGCACCUAAUGAAAUCUUAAAGCCUUGUAGCCCAAGCCCAUGCGGAUCGAAUGCUAUAUGUAGGGAGCAAAACGGCGUGGGAGCCUGUCAAUGCUUGGAUGGCUACUUUGGCAAUCCGUAUGAAGGAUGUCGACCUGAAUGUGUAGUAAAUUCUGACUGUGCGCUAAACAAAGCUUGUUCAAGAAUGAAAUGCAUAGAUCCAUGCCCGGGUACUUGUGGUACCAACGCUAUAUGCCAAGUCAAUAAUCACAUGCCAAACUGUAUAUGUCAGAUAGGAUACACCGGAAAUCCAUUCAGUCACUGUAAUAUUGUUCAAGAACCUCAAGUUGCCGAUGAGAAUCCGUGUAGCCCAUCUCCGUGUGGUGCCAAUAGUCAAUGCAAAGAAAUAAAAAAUCAAGCAGUAUGUUCUUGUCUGCCCACAUUUAUUGGGUCACCGCCGAACUGUCGGCCGGAAUGUAUUGUAAGCUCAGAAUGCCCACCAAAUUUGGCGUGUACAGACCAAAAAUGUUCUGACCCUUGCAUAAACAGCUGUGGAGAUAACGCGAACUGCAACGUUAUUAAUCAUAGUCCAAUUUGUGUCUGUAAGCCUGGUCUGACUGGAAACCCUUUCACAAAAUGUUUUCCGAUGAAAGUUUCUCAACCACCAAUAAGUAUACCAUCAGAGAAUCCAUGUUUGUCUUCACCCUGUGGCCUUUAUGCCGAAUGUCGGAAUAUUGGAGGUUCACCAUCAUGCGCGUGUCAAUUAGGUUAUGUUGGUAAUCCUCCCAAUUGUCGACCUGAAUGUACAAUUAAUUCCGAAUGUCCCAGCAAUCAAGCAUGUAUCAAUGAAAAAUGUAACAAUCCAUGUUCUGGAGCGUGUGGUCUCAAUGCACAAUGUACAGUAUAUAAUCACAUCGCACAAUGUAGUUGUGUAGAGCAAUAUAGUGGUGAUCCUUUCACACAAUGUGUUCCGAUACAAGUAACUGAAGUGUUUUCCGUACCAGAUCCGUGCAAUCCUUCACCAUGUGGAUCAAAUGCUCAGUGCAAUAACGGAGAAUGUAUCUGUCUAUCUGGAUAUAUGGGUGACCCAUAUUUUGGUUGCAGACCAGAGUGCCUAAUAAAUACUGACUGCCCACAAAACAAAGCGUGUGCCAAGAAUAAAUGCAUCGAUCCGUGCAUUAAUACUUGUGGAAAACAAGCAGAAUGUAACAUUUACAAUCAUGUACCAAUGUGCACUUGCCCCCGAGGUUAUACUGGAAAUGCUUUUCUUGAAUGCAGACAAAGUGUGGCUAUUGAAGUAAUAAACCCUUGCAACCCAUCUCCCUGUGGACCUAACAGCCAGUGCAGAGAGAUUAAUGGUCAGGCUAUUUGCACAUGUAUUCCUGGCUAUAAAGGAGCCCCUCCCACUUGUAGACCUGAAUGUGUAACUAGCGCUGAAUGUUCUCUAGACCGGGCAUGUUCAGGGCAACGUUGCGUCGAUCCUUGUAAAGGAAACUGUGGUAUUGGCGCCUACUGUCAAGUAAUAAACCACAACCCGAUUUGUUCAUGUCCAUCCGGUUUAACUGGUGAUCCCUUCCAUAGGUGUGUUCAGCUAGAUAUAGAACCGCAAGUCCAAGUAAAUCCUUGUGAACCCUCACCAUGUGGCCCCAAUUCCAUCUGCAGAGAAGUCGGAGGGUCACCAUCAUGUGCAUGUCUUGAAGAAUUUCUCGGAAGUCCACCAAGUUGUCGACCUGAAUGUAUAUCUAAUAGUGAAUGUCCAAAUGAGUUGGCUUGUAUUAAUCAAAAAUGUAAAGAUCCUUGCCCUGGUUCGUGUGGAUUCGGUGCGGAAUGCAGAGUACUAAGCCAUGCACCUCAGUGCCUAUGUCCCGUGGGGUAUACUGGAGAUGCGUUCAUUGGAUGUAACGUAAUUAAUGUGCCUCUUACGCCAUGUUCUCCUUCGCCUUGUGGUCCCAACGCGGUGUGCAAAGAGUACAAUGGAGCCGGUGCAUGCAUAUGCAUUUCUGAAUAUAUUGGAAAUCCCUACGAAGGUUGUCGCCCUGAAUGUGUAGUCAAUUCGGAUUGUCCCGUUAAUCAGGCAUGUAUGCAAAGUAAAUGUAAAAAUCCAUGUGGUAACAUAUGUGGCCUUAAUGCAGUUUGCAAUGUAAUUAAUCACAAACCAACUUGCGAAUGUCUGCCAGGGCUUAUUGGAAGUCCCUAUCAAGAAUGCACUGAAAAAAAACAAGACAUACCGGUAGAGUCUAGAAACCCGUGUACACCUUCGCCAUGUGGGCCGAAUAGUAUUUGCAAGAUAUCGAAUGGUCAAGCUGUGUGUACAUGUCAACCUGAGUAUAUCGGCUCACCUCCUAAUUGCAAGCCGGAAUGCCUCGUUAGUUCUGAGUGCACUCAACAGCAGGCCUGUAUAAAUCAGAAAUGUAAAAACCCAUGUGAAGGCGUCUGCGGAAUCAAUACAGAAUGUAAAGUCAUCAAUCACAGUCCGAUUUGUACCUGUGUACCACAUCAUACGGGAGAUCCAUUUAAUCGGUGCUUCGAAGUAGUUGAAGCUCCAAUUAUUCCAACACACCCGUGUCAGCCAUCACCCUGUGGGCCCUUCUCACAGUGCUUGGAAAUAAAUAAUUUACCAUCCUGCACAUGUUCGCCUAAUUAUAGCGGUAGCCCGCCAAAUUGUCGACCAGAAUGCACUGUCAAUACCGAUUGUUCAACUGAUAAAGCAUGUAUAAACGAAAAGUGUGUAGAUCCAUGCCCAGGCUUGUGUGGUAUCAAUGCAGAGUGCAGAGUUCAGAGUCACGUGUCAAUCUGUACUUGUUUUGAAGGCUAUGUUGGUGAUCCAUUCACAAGAUGUUCUUUAAAACGUGAAAGUGAACCAGUUGCUAUCAAUCCGUGUAAUCCUUCUCCAUGCGGACCCAAUGCUAUUUGUGAUAAUGGGAUAUGUACAUGUUUAUCUGAAUAUCAUGGGGAUCCAUAUUUUGGUUGCCGCCCUGAAUGCACAAUAAGCUCUGAGUGUCCAAUGGAUAAAGCUUGCGUGAAGCAACGGUGUGUAAAUCCUUGCAACAAUACUUGCGGUAUUAAUGCACUAUGUGAAGUCAUGAAACACAUGGCAAUUUGUAUAUGUCCUCCAAAUUAUUCUGGAAACGCAUUUGUGCAAUGCAGUCCAGUUAGAGACAUCGUUCCACGAAAUCCAUGCCAGCCAAGUCCUUGUGGACCGUAUAGCCAAUGUAAAGAACACAACGGGCAGGCUCUCUGCUCAUGUACUCCUGGUUAUCUUGGUGCUCCUCCAUCAUGUCGACCAGAAUGUGUUGCUAGCUCUGAUUGUCCUUUGAACAAAGCGUGUAGCAACCAAAAAUGUAUUAAUCCAUGUGAUGGUGCCUGCGGUGUUUCUGCAGUAUGUCAAGUUAUCAAUCAUAAUCCAAUAUGUUCAUGUCCUACGCAAAUGACCGGAGACCCAUUCACAAGAUGUAUCUUUAUUCCUAUAUCUAUCGAACCAGUUGAAAUAGCAAAUCCAUGCCAACCGUCACCGUGCGGGCCGAACUCGGUUUGUCAACCGACCGCAUCAGAAACUCCUUCAUGUCAGUGUAUGCCUGAGUUUAUUGGGUCACCUCCAAAUUGUCGGCCGGAAUGUAUAUCAAAUAAUGAAUGUUCACAACAAUUGGCUUGUAUAAAUAGGAAAUGUCAAAAUCCUUGCAAUCAAGCUUGUGGAACAAAUGCGGAGUGUCGAGUCGUAAGCCAUACAUCAACGUGCGUUUGUCCUGACGGAUAUAGCGGGGAUCCCGCUUUCCAGUGUACUAUAAAAGCUUUGGUGCCCACUGAAUCUUUAUCACCAUGCACACCUUCACCAUGUGGAUCCAAUGCUGAAUGUAGGGAAAAUUCAGGAGCUGGUGCAUGUGUUUGCAUACCUGGCUAUUUCGGUGAUCCUUAUGAAGGUUGCCGACCCGAAUGCGUAGUCAACUCGGAUUGUCCAAGCAACAGAGCUUGCUCGAGAAAUAAAUGCACUGAUCCUUGUCCGGGUACAUGUGCAGUCAAUGCUGAAUGUCAAGUUGUUAAUCACUCACCUUUAUGCACCUGUCGCCCUAUGUAUACAGGAGAUCCAUUCAGACACUGUACAUUCCAAGAACGUGAAGAUAUUCCAACAAAUUUGUGUCAACCAUCGCCAUGUGGACCUAAUAGUCAAUGCAGAAUUGCAAAUGGCCAGAGUGUAUGUUCAUGUCUUCCCGAUUAUCGAGGUUCGCCGCCUAACUGUAGGCCAGAAUGCGUUGUGAGCACAGAAUGCCCUGCCGAUAAGUCAUGUUUAAAUAAUAAAUGUGUAUCACCAUGUCCUGGGCCAUGCGGUCUAAAUACGGAUUGCAGAAUUAUUAAUCACAGUCCCAUUUGUACGUGCAAAGAUAGAUAUACCGGAGACCCAUUCUCAAGCUGCUAUAAAAUAACAGUUCCAGUGUUUACUCCAGUAAUAAGAGACCCUUGCGUUCCAUCGCCAUGUGGACCAAAUUCACAAUGCCUCAACAGAAACGGUGUACCAUCUUGUUCUUGUCAACCGAACUUUGAAGGUAGUCCUCCAAACUGCCGUCCAGAAUGCACUAUUAACGCAGACUGUGCAAGCAAUUUAGCGUGUAUUAAUCAAAAAUGCAACGAUCCUUGUCCCGGUUCGUGCGGGCUUAAUGCUGAAUGCCAUACUAUGAAUCAUGUCGCAGUAUGUAAUUGUAUUGAAAACUAUAUCGGAAAUGCAUUUAUUCAAUGUAACCCCAGGCCUAUAAAAGUUGAACACGACUUGUGUAACCCUUCACCUUGCGGAUCGAACGCAGAAUGCAAUGAAGGCAAAUGCCGCUGUUUACCAGAAUUUCACGGAGAUCCAUACAGCGGCUGUCGACCUGAAUGUGUACAAAGUUCUGAUUGUGAACGUAAUAAAGCCUGCAUCAAUAACAAAUGCACGGAUCCUUGCCCAGGAACAUGUGCAUCUACUGCUAUAUGCAAUGUAGUUAAUCAUAUACCUAUGUGUAGCUGUCCCGAUCGAACUACGGGUAAUGCAUUCUUAGAAUGUCGAACAAUUGCAGAGCCCGCUCAUGUUAAUCCCUGCUACCCCUCACCAUGCGGUUCGAACAGUCAGUGUAGAGAAGUUAAUGGGCAACCUGUGUGCUCCUGUGCCCCUAAUACUAUUGGGACACCUCCCACUUGCCGUCCGGAGUGUAUAAUAAGUGCAGAAUGCAGAUUAGAUCAAGCGUGCAGCAAUCAGCAUUGUAUAAAUCCGUGUGUUGGAGCAUGUGGUGUAAAUGCAGAGUGCAAAGUAGUAAAUCACAAUCCUAUCUGCAGUUGCCCAUCUUCGCACACUGGGGAUCCAUUUUCUAGAUGUUUCAUUUUACCUGAAAAACAACGGGAACCUUUGAACGUAUGUACACCUUCUCCUUGUGGCCCCAAUUCAAUAUGUAAGGAUAUCAACGAAAUACCUUCAUGUACAUGUUUAGAAGGCUAUCAUGGUCAACCUCCGUAUUGCAAACCCGAAUGCACGAGUAACGAAGAAUGCUCAUCACACUUAUCGUGUAUUAACAUGAAAUGUGUGAAUCCUUGUAAAGGAGUGUGUGGCAUAAACGCAGAAUGUAAAGUUGUCAGCCAUUCUCCAAUUUGUUUGUGUGCUCAUGGAUACGUAGGUGAUCCCUUCUUUGGCUGUAAUCGGGAUGUUGCGUAUGCUGAAGUAACAACAACUCCAUGUUCACCCUCACCAUGUGGAUCAAAUGCAAUUUGCAAAGAAAGAAAUAACGCGGGAUCUUGUUCUUGCAUAGAAGGUUAUAUAGGCAAUCCAUACGAAGGCUGCCGGCCAGAAUGUCUCAUCAACACAGACUGUCAGUCUAAUAAGGCUUGCAUUAGCAAUAAAUGUAAAGAUCCGUGCCCUGGUAGCUGUGGUACUAAUGCCAUUUGCCAAGUAGUUAAUCACUCGCCGUUAUGUACAUGUUUAUUUGGCUACACUGGAGAUCCAUUUAAAUACUGUGUUUAUGAAGAAUCGGUCCAAUUGAUGUCAUCAACUGAUGUAUGUUACCCCUCACCUUGUGGACCUAACAGUCAGUGUAAAGUGAGUAAUGGCCAAGCAAUCUGCUCAUGCUUAUCGGGCUAUGAAGGAACUCCGCCGAACUGUCGACCAGAAUGUGUGGUAAAUUCGGAGUGCCCACACGAUAAGGCUUGUGUUAACAACAAAUGUAUUAAUCCUUGCCCAAAGCCUUGUGGACUCAACACAAAUUGUAAAAUUAUAAACCACAGUCCCAUUUGUUCCUGCAAGACGUCGUUUACAGGAGAUCCGUUUACUGUAUGCACUCGUAUAAUCUUCGAGCCAACUCCAGAUGUAAGAAACCCAUGCGUACCAUCUCCAUGUGGUCCAAACGCAGAAUGUCGGAAUAUCGGAAAUACACCGUCGUGUUCUUGCCAUAUCAAUUUUAUCGGAAGUCCUCCGAACUGCCGACCAGAAUGUAGUAUUCACUCGGAUUGCGCUAGUGACCGCGCUUGUAUUAACUCCAAGUGCAAAGACCCUUGUCCAGGGUCGUGUGGUAUUUUAGCUUCUUGCAGUGUUCUUAACCACAUACCAAUUUGCACUUGCAUUGAAGGCUAUAUUGGGGAUCCAUUUACGAGCUGUAGGCUGCAACCCUUAGAAGUGGAAGCUACCCUUGUUGAUGCUUGUACAAACGUAAGAUGCGGAUCGAACGCUGAAUGCAUCAGUGGUCAGUGCCAAUGUCUACCAGAGUAUCAUGGUGAUCCAUAUUAUAAUUGUCGCCCUGAAUGUGUAUUUAGUACUGAUUGCGAUGAAAAUAAAGCUUGUGUUCAACAAAAAUGCGUUGAUCCCUGUAUUGACACCUGCGGCAUUAACGCCGUUUGUCAAGUUAUAAACCAUAUUCCUAUGUGCACUUGCAAUAAUGGAUUCAGCGGAAAUGCAUUUGUAGUUUGCAAUCCUAUCAGAGUUGCAGCUUCUGAACAUCCUUGUAGUUCAGCGAUAUGUGGACCAAAUAGCCAAUGUCGAGAGAUCAAUAAUCAAGCUGUAUGUUCUUGUUUACCUUCUUACUUGGGAGUACCACCAGCUUGUCGACCAGAGUGUGUUGUUAGCGCGGAAUGUCCGCAAAACCAAGCGUGUAUGAACCAAAAAUGUGUAAACCCUUGUAUUGGAUCAUGUGGGCUAAGGGCGACGUGCGAAGUUAUUAACCACAACCCAAUCUGUGCGUGCCCAGACGGUUUAUCGGGAGACCCCUUUGUAGAAUGUUCAGUUAUCCUAAGUUUGCCGCCAGAGACGAUAAACCCUUGCCAACCCUCACCAUGUGGACCUAAUUCUAUAUGCCAAGAAAUCAACGGAAACCCAUCUUGUAUUUGUAUGCCAGAUUUCAAGGGUCAACCACCGUAUUGUAGACCAGAGUGUAUAAGCAAUAGUGAAUGUUCACCUCACUUAGCUUGUAUCAAUCAAAAGUGUAAAGAUCCGUGUAUAAGCGCCUGUGGGACCAACGCUGAAUGUAGGGUCGUUAGCCACUCGGCCAUGUGCAUCUGUCCUCAAGGGUAUGAAGGCGAUCCGUUUAAUCAAUGUAUUAUUAGAACAGCUGUUGAAAUUUUGAGACCAUGCACUCCUUCACCAUGCGGAUCGAACGCAUUUUGCAAAGAACAGAAUAAGGUGGGAUCUUGCACUUGUAACGAAGGUUACUUCGGAAAUCCUUAUGAAGGUUGCCGCCCCGAAUGUGUAUCCGAUUCUGAUUGCCCAGGAAAUAGAGCCUGUAUCAACAAUAAAUGUCAGGAUCCUUGUCCCGGAACGUGUGGAAUAAAUGCAGAGUGUAUAACUGUUAACCAUUCCCCUACAUGUGUAUGCUUAUCAGGUCACACUGGGGACGCCUUCCGAAAAUGCAGUGCUAUACUUUUGCAAGGUGAACCUGUGAACGUUUGUUAUCCCAGUCAAUGUGGCCCCAAUAGUCAAUGCAGAGUCGUGAAUGGCCAAGCAGCAUGUAGUUGUUUGCCUAAUUUCCUUGGAGAGCCUCCAGCCUGUAGGCCGGAAUGCACUCUAAGCUCAGAUUGCGCUUCAGAUAGAGCAUGUAUAAAUCAAAAAUGCGUGAACCCUUGUCCUGGGCCAUGUGGACAAAAAGCAGAAUGUCGAGUACUCCAUCAUAAUCCAAUUUGUAGCUGUUUACCUGGGCAUACGGGAGAUCCGUUCACCAGAUGCUUUGUUAGACCAGUGCCAUCGCCACAACUGGAAGACACUAGAGAUCCUUGCGUACCAAGCCCAUGCGGUCUCAAUGCUCUAUGCCGUAACAUAGGUGGACAAGCUGCUUGUUCGUGCUCCCCAGGGUACUUUGGCAGUCCACCAACCUGUAAGCCAGAAUGCACAACAAAUCAAGACUGUAUCAGUUCUCUAGCAUGUACUAAUGAAAAGUGUAUUGAUCCUUGUCCCGGUUCGUGUGGAAAAAAUGCAAGGUGCUUUGUAAUAAAACACAUCGCAGUUUGCACUUGUCUUGAUGGCUACAAAGGAGACCCAUUUUCAGCUUGUGAGUUAGAACCUAUACAAGAUGUUAAAAUUGAUCCAUGUAAUCCGUCUCCAUGUGGGUCUAAUACAGAAUGUAAUAAUGGAGAAUGUUCGUGUCUGCCUGAAUAUCAUGGUGAUCCUUACAUAGGGUGCCGGCCAGAAUGUACAGUUAGUUCGGAUUGUGCACGAAAUCAAAUUUGUACUGGCAAAAAAUGUAUUAACCCGUGUCCAGAGAUGUGUGGCUAUAAUGCUGUUUGUGAAGUUUUCAAUCACGUACCGAUGUGCAGUUGCCCACCGGGCUUUUCAGGCAACUCUUUUGUAUCCUGUAAUACCGUUCAAGUAACGUUGCCAGCAAACCCGUGCAAUCCAUCUCCAUGUGGACCCAACAGUCAAUGCCGUGAAAUAAAUAAUGUUGCAGUUUGUUCUUGUAUACCAGGCUACAUAGGAAAUCCACCCACAUGUAGGCAAGAAUGUACCACAAGCUCUGAAUGUCCAUUAAAUAAGGCUUGUAAUAAUUAUAAAUGCAUAAACCCAUGCAACGGAGCGUGUGGUGUAAACGCUUUGUGCGAAGUUGUAAGUCACAAUCCUAUUUGUUCGUGUGCAGUAGACCACACAGGAGAUCCAUUUAGUAGAUGUAUACCCAGGCCCCUAGAAGUACCACCACAGAUAAAUCCAUGUGUGCCUUCCCCUUGUGGACCGAACUCUGUUUGUCAAUCCGCGAAGGAUACACCUUCUUGCUCAUGCAAGCCAGAAUUUAUUGGAUCUCCGCCAAACUGUCGUCCUGAAUGCACCAGUAAUAGUGAAUGCUCAAACAAUUUAGCUUGCAUAAAUAGCAAAUGUCAAGACCCAUGCAUUGGCGCUUGCGGUUCGCUGGCUCAAUGUAGAGUCGUUAGUCACACUCCAAAUUGUUUAUGUCCUCAAGGAUACAUGGGUGACCCAUUCGUAUCUUGUCAAGUUCAAAAUAUUGCGGUCUAUGAAAGACCAACACCAUGCACGCCUUCGCCCUGUGGUAGCAACGCUAUUUGCAAGGAACGUAAUAAUGUAGGAUCUUGUACAUGUAAUACCGGAUACUUCGGUAAUCCGUACGAGGGAUGUCGACCUGAAUGUACUGUCAAUACUGAUUGUCCAUCCAAUAAAGUUUGUCAACGAAACAAAUGCCAAGAUCCUUGCCCUGGUACUUGUGGCACAAACGCAGUAUGUCAAACAGUCAAUCAUGCACCGAUAUGUUCUUGCAUUUCCGGUUAUACUGGAAAUCCAUUCCAAAAUUGUGCCUUAAUAAAACAAGAAGUUGAUAUACAAACUUCCCCGUGUAUACCGUCGCCAUGUGGACCAAAUAGUGUUUGCAAAACACACAGUGAACAAGCGAUAUGUACUUGCAUGCAAGAAUAUAGGGGUACUCCACCGAACUGUAGACCAGAAUGUGUUAUCAGCGCUGAGUGUCCUUCAGAUAAGGCAUGUGUUUCCCAAAAGUGUAUCAACCCCUGUGUUGGACAAUGCGGACAAAAUUCCAAAUGUUUGGUUAUAAAUCACAGUCCGAUUUGCACAUGUUUGGAGCAUUUCACGGGCGAUCCAUUUAGCCGCUGCUAUCCAAUAACAGUAUAUGUUCCAGAAGAGCAGCCUAACCCUUGUCUGCCAUCACCUUGCGGUCCAUUUAGUGAAUGUAGAGAAUUCAACGGCGUUCCUUCCUGCACUUGUCAAUCAAACUACAUCGGUGCACCACCAAAUUGUCGACCGGAAUGUGUUAUAAAUUCUGAAUGUCCUAGUAAUUUGGCUUGUAUCAACCAAAAAUGUAAAGAUCCUUGUCCGGGAUCUUGUGGCAUAAAUGCUCAAUGUAUCGUCAAAAAUCAUACACCUGUCUGCACAUGCUACGAAAAUUAUAUAGGUGAUGCAUUUACCGAAUGUAAACCUCAAGAAAUAGUACAUGAUAUUAUUGAUCCUUGUAAUCCGUCUCCCUGUGGUAUAAACGCAGAAUGUAAUGACGGGGUCUGUUCAUGUCUGCCAGAAUAUAACGGUGAUCCUUACUUCGAGUGUCGUCCUGAAUGUACUUUAAGUUCAGACUGUGCGCAAAACAAAGCGUGUUACAAAAAUAAGUGUGUUAAUCCUUGCAAUAGUGGUGUUUGUGCCCCUAAUGCCAUCUGUGAAGUAAUUAAUCAUGUACCAAUGUGCAGAUGUCCGAUAGAAAUGACAGGAAAUGCCUUUGUUUACUGUUCGCCACUAGAAGUUGAAAAACCACAACCAUGUCAACCAAACCCGUGCGGACCAAACAGUCAAUGUCGUGAUAUAAAUGGACAAGCCGUAUGUUCGUGUUUAGUAGGUUAUACAGGAAGUCCACCAUCAUGUAGACCAGAAUGUAUCGUUAGUACUGAUUGUUUACCAGAUGAGGCAUGUUCUAAUUUGAAAUGUAUCAAACCAUGUCAGGGAGCUUGCGGCAUUGGUGCAAAAUGUCAAGUUAUCAAUCACAAUCCAAUUUGUUCUUGCCCAGCAUCAUACACAGGCAAUCCUUUCACAAGAUGUAUUUUCCAAGAAACAAAACCAGAGCAAAUCAAUGCCUGUGUGCCAUCACCUUGUGGACCUAACUCUAUAUGCCUAGAAAAUUCAGGCACACCUACAUGUUCGUGCCAACCCGGAUAUGUUAAUUCACCACCACAUUGUAAGCCAGAAUGUAUAAGUAAUUCUGAAUGUCCUACCCACCGUGCUUGUAUUAAUGAAAAAUGUAUUGAUCCAUGUGAAAGUUCAUGCGGUCCCAAUGCGGAAUGCCACGUAAUAAGUCAUUCCCCUUCGUGUAUAUGUGCACCAGAUCACACGGGUAAUCCAUUUAUUGAAUGUCACAAAAUAGAAAUAAUACAGGAAGUGCUAUCGCCUUGUCAGCCGUCUCCCUGUGGAGCUAAUGCUUUAUGCAAAGAAUUCAAUGGCGCUGGAUCAUGUACUUGCUUACCUGACUUUUUUGGAAAUCCUUAUGAAGGCUGCAGACCUGAGUGUCAAAUUAAUUCUGACUGCCCAUCAAACAAAGCAUGUUUGCAAAAUAAAUGUGAAGAUCCUUGUCCUGGCGCUUGCGCGCCUAAUGCUAUUUGUCAAGUAGUAAAUCAUGCGCCUUUAUGUUCGUGUACAGGAGGAUUUACAGGAGAUCCAUUCCAAUACUGUUUACCUAAACAAACACUGGAUACACCGGUAAAUGUUUGUCAGCCAUCUCCAUGUGGUCCUAACAGCCGUUGUCAAGAAGUUAAUAAACAAGCUGUUUGUUCAUGCCAACCAAAUUAUAUGGGCUCGCCUCCAAGUUGUCACCCAGAGUGUGUCAUAAGUACAGAAUGUAGAAGUGACAAAGCUUGUCUAAACCAAAGGUGUGUCGAUCCAUGUAUCGAUGUAUGUGGGCUAAAUGCCGAAUGCAGAGUUAUAAAUCAUAACCCCAUCUGCAAUUGCAAAAAUCUUUACACCGGUGAUCCGUUUACGAGAUGUAAUCCUUUGCCACCACCAAUAGCAAAUGCAGUUUUGGAACCAUACAAAAAUCCUUGUGUUCCAUCGCCUUGUGGACCUAAUUCUAUUUGUCAAGAAAUUGGACAAAUACCAUCUUGCACAUGCAUGCCUACUUUUGUGGGUAGCCCACCCAACUGUAGGCCAGAAUGUGUAGUCAAUGCGGAAUGUGUACCAUCGCGAGCCUGUAUUCAGCAGAAAUGUCAAGAUCCUUGUGAAGGUUCUUGCGGAAUAGCGGCAAUAUGUUCCGUAUCAAGGCACACACCUAUUUGUACUUGUCCUGAGGGUUACACCGGAGAUGCUUUUACUGUCUGUAACCCAAAACCUUUACCAGAAUUAGAUACCAUUGACAAUUGUAAUCCAUCACCCUGCGGUGCUAAUGCUAUUUGUAACGACGGGGUGUGCUUAUGCAUAAAAGAACACCAAGGAGAUCCAUACAUUGGAUGCCGACCAGAGUGUGUUCUAAGCACCGAUUGCCCUAAAAACAAGGCCUGUCUACAAAAUAAAUGUAUGGAUCCAUGCCCCGGUGCAUGUUCUGCAUCUGCUGUCUGCAGUGUUAUAAACCACAUCCCCAUGUGCAGUUGUCCUCAAGGAAUGACUGGUAAUGCAUUCUAUGGCUGUGAAACUAUAAGAGUUCCAUUAAUAAGCAUCCCAUGUGCACCGUCUCCCUGUGGACCGAAUAGCCAGUGCCGAGAAAUUAAUGGACAAGCGGUGUGCACAUGCACUCCCGGGUAUAUUGGAAGUCCACCUCUAUGUCGACCUGAAUGUGUAGUCAGCUCAGACUGUCUACAAAACAAAGCGUGUAGUAACCAGAAAUGUAUAGACCCAUGCAAAGGGUCAUGUGGUGUAGACGCAAAAUGCGUAGUUGUCAAACAUAAUCCAAUAUGCACCUGCCCACCUAAAUAUACCGGAGAUCCAUUUAUUAGAUGUUUACAAUUCAGUCCGGUAGAAACAGAUACUACGCCUUGUACACCAUCGCCAUGUGGUGCUAACGCUCUGUGUCGAGAAGUAGAUGGUGCUCCAUCGUGUGCUUGUAUGCCGAAUUAUUUCGGUUCCCCACCAUAUUGUAGGCCGGAAUGUUCUAGCAAUGCCGAGUGUCCAGUCAGUCAAGCUUGUAUCAAUCAAAAAUGUAGAGACCCAUGCAUUAGUGCCUGUGGUCAAAAUGCAAAUUGUAAAGUAAUCAGUCAUUCUCCAAUAUGUUUCUGCGACACUGGAUACGAAGGUGAUCCAUUUUCAAGUUGUCAAACUCCAGUUGCAAUAGCUGAACAUACAUCCCCAUGCGUUCCAUCACCCUGCGGUGCAAAUGCAAUAUGUAAAGAACACAAUUCAGCGGGAUCUUGUAGUUGCUUACCAGAUUAUAUUGGAAAUCCAUAUGAAGGAUGCCGUCCUGAAUGUACAGUAAACACAGAUUGCACACCAGACAAGAGUUGCAUACGAAACAAAUGUCAAGAUCCUUGUCCUGGUACAUGUGGAUCAAUGGCUACAUGUAAUACUGUUAAUCAUUUACCGGUCUGCACUUGUUCCCCUGGUUACACUGGAGACCCAUACCGCAAAUGCGACCUGCUAAGAGAAAUAAGUCAAGAACCUGUUACUCCAUGCAUUCCAAAUCCUUGUGGACCAAACAGCAUAUGUCAUCCGGCUAAUGGACAAAGCGCAUGUUCAUGUAUGCCUAAUUACAUAGGAUCUCCACCUGGCUGUCGGCCCGAAUGCACAGUCAGCUCAGAAUGUCCAAUCAACAAAGCCUGCAUUAAUCUUAAGUGUGAAGAUCCAUGCCCUGGCCAUUGUGGAACUAAUACCGAUUGUAAAGUAUUUACUCACAGUCCUAUUUGUUCAUGUAAGUCAGGUUACACUGGCGAUCCAUUUACCAGAUGCUACAAACAACCGGCAAUUCAGUUUAUUCCUGAAGUACAGAGGAAUCCCUGUAUUCCUAAUCCUUGCGGUGAAAACGCAAUAUGUAGAGAUGUUAAUGGAUCACCAUCGUGUUCUUGUAUGCCGGAAUUCCAAGGACUCCCACCGAAUUGUAGACCGGAAUGUGCCAUCAACCAAGAUUGUAUAUCGAAUUUGGCAUGUAUAAAUAUGAAAUGUCGCGAUCCGUGUCCGGGUAGCUGCGGUCGAAAUGCAAUUUGCACAGUAUUUAGUCAUUAUCCAGCAUGCAGUUGUACACCGGGUUAUACUGGUGAUCCUUUCACAAACUGUUAUGUGAUUCCCAUUCGAGAUGAGACAUUACAAGACCCGUGUAAUCCAUCACCGUGCGGAUUUAAUUCGGAAUGUAAUAAUGGUAUAUGCACAUGUAUGAAUGAAUACUACGGCGAUCCAUAUAAAGGAUGUAAACCGGAAUGCAUAAUAAAUAUGGAUUGCCCGACGGACAAAGUAUGCUCAAGAAAUAAAUGUGUCAAUCCUUGUCCUGGAGCAUGUGCUGCAACAGCUGAAUGUAAUGUUUACAAUCAUAUUCCUAUGUGCACGUGCCCUCAAGGAAUGACCGGAAAUGCUUUCAGAGAAUGUUACAAAUUCGAAAUUACGCAAGUUCUACCAUGUAACCCUAGUCCAUGCGGACCUAAUAGCCAGUGUCGAGCUAUCAAUAACCAAGCAGUAUGCUCUUGUUUGCCAACAUAUAUUGGCAAUCCACCCUCCUGCCGACCAGAAUGCACUAUUAGUGCUGAAUGCCCAUUAGAUCAAGCUUGCAAUAACCAAAAAUGUAUAAAUCCCUGCAAAGGCAGCUGUGGAUACAAUGCAAGAUGUGAAGUAGUCAACCACAACCCUAUUUGUUCGUGUCCUGCACAGUUUACUGGAGAUCCAUUUACAAGCUGCAACCCAAUCGUUGCAGUACCUCUAGUACCUGUCGAUCCAUGCACACCAUCUCCUUGCGGUCCAUAUUCUGUAUGCAGGGUGAUCGGCGAAUCACCAUCGUGCUCUUGCCAGACUGAUUAUAUGGGAUCCCCACCUAAUUGUCACCCUGAAUGUAUUAGUAAUUCUGAGUGCCCGAGCAACCAGGCCUGCAUCAACCAGAAAUGUAAAGAUCCUUGCCCUGGAAGUUGUGGAUACAAUGCGGAUUGUAAAAUUAUCAGUCAUGCAUUAAUAUGUGCGUGUCCUUAUGCUCAAACCGGUGAUCCACUCGUUUCUUGUAGUCCCAUCAAAGAUUCUGUUAUAGAAUAUAAUUCACCAUGUGAACCUUCACCUUGUGGUCUUAAUGCAGAAUGCACAGCAAGGAAUGAUGCUGGCUCUUGUAGGUGUAUUGAGAAUUACAUCGGCGAUCCCUACGAAGGAUGUCGCCCGGAGUGUGUCAUUAACACUGACUGCAGCCCAACACAAGCAUGCAUACAAAACAGAUGUAAAGAUCCUUGCCCGGGCAUUUGUGCACCGAAUGCAAUAUGCCAAGUGAUAAACCAUUUGCCAUCGUGCCAUUGUCCACCAGGGCUUACCGGAGACGCCUAUUCAUACUGUGUAGAUAAAGUCGAAGAUAUUGUCAAAGUGGCACCAUGCACACCUUCACCUUGCGGGCCUAAUAGCCAAUGCCGCGAAGUUAAUUCCCAAGCAGUGUGCAGCUGUAGCGACACCUACAUGGGUACUCCGCCUCACUGUCGCCCUGAAUGUACAAUUAACAGUGAAUGUGCGAUCGACAGGGCAUGUGUCAAUCGGAAGUGCGUCGAUCCGUGUAUAGGCCAAUGUGGAAGAAACGCAAAUUGUAGAGUCAUUGGACAUAAUCCAAUGUGUUCAUGUCAAGAGCAUUACACGGGAGACCCGUUUUCUUAUUGUAUGCCUCAACCCGUUGCGAUAUCACCGCCAGCGCAAGUCUCAAAUCCUUGCGUGCCAUCACCUUGCGGAGCAAAUUCGUUGUGCGAAGAACGAGGUGGCCUUCCUCGAUGCAGCUGUCUUCCAAAUUAUAUGGGCACACCUCCUCGCUGCAGACCUGAAUGCACUGUCAAUUCAGAAUGUAACGCUAUUACAGCCUGCAUAAACAAUCGGUGCACUGAUCCUUGUCCAGGGGCAUGUGGAAGCAAUGCUCAAUGUAUAGUCAACAACCAUCUGCCUAUCUGUUCCUGUCUUCCGACUUAUAGCGGUGACCCAUUCACGAAUUGCAAUCUAGUAAUUAAAGACGUGGAACUGAUUGACCCUUGCUCACCAUCUCCUUGUGGAACUAACGCCGUAUGCAAUAACGGCGUUUGCUCUUGUUUGUCGGAGUAUUAUGGAGACCCCUACUUUGGAUGCAAACCGGAAUGCGUAUUAAAUUCCGAUUGUCAACGUAACAAAGCUUGCAUACGAAACAAAUGUAGUGAUCCUUGCAUUGGAACCUGCGGAAGUGACGCACUCUGUGAAGUCAUCAACCACAUACCCGUGUGCUCUUGUGCACCCGGAACUACAGGAGAUCCUUUCCACUACUGUACUAAAUUUAUAGAACCUGUAAAUAAAAAUCUAUGUGAACCGUCGCCAUGUGGGCCUUACAGCCAGUGUAGAGAAGUAAAUGGGCAUGCUGUAUGUGUUUGUAUUCAAGGCUAUAUUGGUAGUCCUCCAAACUGUCGCCCGGAAUGUACUGUGAGCUCCGAUUGUGCCCUGAAUCAAGCUUGUUCGAACCAGAAAUGUUUAGAUCCCUGUCCAGGCGCUUGUGGUAGAAACACGCAUUGCAUAGUUGUUAAUCACAACCCAAUAUGUACAUGCUUGUCUGGCUUUUCUGGAGAUCCAUUUUCAGUCUGUCAACUCAUUGUUGCGCAACCAACAGUCAAAAUAAAUCCUUGUUUACCUUCACCAUGUGGACCUAACUCACUUUGUACGGAAAAUGGAGAGAGCGCAGAUUGCAAAUGUUUGCCAGAAUUCAUAGGUGUACCACCUAAUUGUCGUCCUGAAUGUACUAGUAACAGCGAAUGUCAAACAACUAUGGCAUGUAUAAAUAAAAAAUGUAAAGACCCCUGUCCUGGCUCCUGUGGUAUAAAUGCUGAAUGUAGAGUCAUCAGCCACACCCCAAUAUGCUUAUGCCAAAGCGGGUACACUGGUGAUCCCUUCGUAUACUGCAAUAUUAUCAUUGCCCAAAUAACACAAGAAAGACCGACGCCAUGUAUACCGUCUCCUUGUGGUGCUAAUGCUGAAUGUAGAGAACAAAAUGACAUAGGAUCUUGUACAUGUCAACCUGGCUACUUCGGUGAUCCCUAUGUAUCUUGCAAGCCAGAAUGCUUAUUAAAUUCAGAUUGUCCAUCUAACAAAGCUUGUCAACAAAAUAAAUGUCGGGAUCCUUGUCCGGGGACGUGUGGAAUAAAUGCUUUCUGCAAUGUUGUUAAUCACAUACCCAGUUGUAGCUGUCCAGAACAGCACUAUGGUGACCCGUACAAAAUUUGUACUUUUAAACCUCAAGUGGAAAAAGUUGACCCUUGCGAUCCUUCUCCGUGUGGACCAAAUAGUCAAUGUAGAGUUCAAAAUGAUUUGGCUAUCUGUACAUGUUUGAGUGGAUACCAAGGAUCGCCGCCAGACUGCCGACCGGAAUGUAUUACAGCUGCUGAAUGUUCCUUAGAUAAACUAUGUGAAAAUUUCAAGUGUAUUAAUCCGUGUCCUAGAGGAUGCGGCGUGAACACGAUGUGCCGAGUGAUCAAACAUAAUCCAAUUUGCUCGUGUAAAGAAGGAUACACAGGGGAUCCGUUUUCAGUUUGCUACAUCCUCGAAACGGAACCAUCUAUAGUUGAACCAUUAAAUCCAUGCUUACCAUCUCCUUGUGGUCUCAACGCUGAAUGUCGCAACAUAGGUGGAAUUCCUUCUUGCACAUGCUUGCUCGGAUUCUUUGGAAGCCCUCCUUAUUGUAAACCUGAAUGCGUACUCAACACCGAGUGCAGCAAUGAUAAAGCAUGUAUCAAUAUGAAGUGUCAAAAUCCAUGCCUAGGAUCUUGCGCAUCAUCAGCCGUGUGCGAUGUUGUUAACCAUGUACCCAUGUGUUCAUGUCCCGCUGGAUACGAAGGAGACCCAUUUGUUUCAUGUUCCGUUAAAAAAACAGAAAUCAUUCAAGAUAUCAAUCCAUGCAACCCCUCGCCAUGUGGACCUAACGCCAUUUGUAGCAACAACGGAGAAUGUAACUGCCUUCCAGAGUAUCACGGCGAUCCUUACUUUAGUUGCCGUCCUGAGUGUGUGCUCAGCACAGAUUGCCCGACAUCCAAGACAUGUGUGCGAAACAAAUGUAUUGAUCCGUGUAUUGAUAUGUGCGGAAGAAAUGCUGAAUGUAAUGUAUAUAACCACGUGGCUGUAUGCAGCUGUCCUAGUGGGAUGACUGGAAAUGCUUUUACUGAAUGUUUCCAAAUUAAAAAUCCCAUUGUUCGACCUUGCGAACCUUCUCCUUGUGGGCCAAACAGUGUGUGCAGAGAAUUAAAUGGCCAAGCAACUUGUUCCUGCGUACAAGGAUUUGUUGGUAAUCCACCAAGUUGCAGACCCGAAUGCAUUCAAAGUGCCGACUGUCCACCAUCCUUGGCAUGCAUUAAUCGAAAAUGUCAAGAUCCUUGCCCAGGAUCAUGUGCUUCUAAUGCUGUUUGUCACGUAAACAACCACAAUCCAAUUUGUUCCUGCCCACCGAGGUACACUGGAUCUCCGUUCACGCAUUGUUAUGUUCAACUGGAAGAAAUACUUAGCAACCCUUGCGCCCCGUCGCCAUGUGGACCCAACAGCAUUUGUAAAUCAGCUCCUAAUAGUGAUUCAUACAUUUGCUCUUGCCAACCUACAUUUGAUGGAAAUCCACCUAAUUGUAAACGAGAAUGUUCGGUCAAUGAAGAGUGCCGAUCUAGUGAAACAUGUAUAAAUUAUAAAUGCACAGAUCCAUGCCCUAAUUCGUGCGGAUUUAACACAAUAUGUACCGUGCAACAUCACAUUGUAAUGUGUUCAUGCAAGGAAGGCUACUCAGGAGAUCCAUUUGCAACAUGCCAACAAGUACUUCAAGUGAUCAAACCGCGAGAUCCCUGUGAUACCGCACCUUGCGGCAUUAACGCUCGAUGCAAGGUUUUAGCUAAUGGCGCUGCCACUUGCAUCUGCGAGUCUGGUUACUUUGGUAACCCUUACGAAUCCUGCAGACCUGAAUGUGUUACGAAUACUGACUGUCCAUUUAACAAAGCCUGUAUAAGAAAUAAAUGUGAAGAUCCGUGCCCAGGAGUAUGUGGUACAACUGCUAUUUGUGAUGUCAUUAAUCAUUUGCCAAUAUGUAAAUGUUCUCCAGGAUACACAGGCAACCCAUACGCUUACUGUCAUAAUAUUAUUAAUGAACCUACUCCCGAACCACAAAGGCCUUGUGUUCCUAAUCCAUGUGGAAGCAAUAGCGUUUGCAAAGAUAAUAACGGUAUUGCAUCUUGUUCUUGUUUGCCUGAGUACAUCGGAAUCCCACCAAAUUGUCGUCCGGAAUGUACUAUAAACUCAGAAUGCGAAAAUUCUAAGAGUUGUGUAAGACAAAAAUGUGUUGACCCAUGUAUCGACGUUUGCGGACAAAACGCGAACUGUAAAGUAAUUAAUCAUGCACCUAUUUGCUCUUGUCGAGCAGGCUACGAAGGAGAUCCGUUUACACGAUGCAUUUUAAUAGAAGAUAUACCAUCUGCCGAUGUUAAUCCAUGUACACCAUCUCCUUGUGGGCCGAACUCAGUUUGUCAGACCAUAAAUAAAAUACCGAUGUGUACUUGUUUGGAGAACUUUAUUGGACUUCCGCCCAACUGUAAACCAGAAUGCACUGUCAACUCAGACUGUCCAUAUAGUUCAGCCUGUAUAAAUCGUAAAUGUCGAGACCCUUGUCUCGGUUCAUGUGGUCUACAAACUAUGUGCCAAGUUCACCAACAUUCCGCUGUUUGUAGCUGUAUUGAAGGGUAUACUGGAAAUCCAUUUGAAAGUUGCUUCGCUAUUGAAGAAAUAGAACAUGUACCGACUGCAUACGAUAAAUGUAAUCCGAGCCCAUGUGGUGCAAAUACGGAUUGUAAUGAUGGAGUUUGUACUUGUAAAACAAACUUUUUCGGGAACCCUUACUUAAGUUGUAGACCUGAGUGCACCCAUAAUUCUGAUUGUUCAUCGAAUCUAGCAUGUAUCAAUAAUAAAUGCCUUAAUCCAUGCAUAAAUCUAUGCGGUCAAAAUGCGAUAUGCGACGUUUACAAUCACAUACCUAUGUGUAGCUGUCCACAAAACACCAUAGGAAAUGCUUUCUUCGCGUGCACACCUUUUGAAGUUGAGCAAGAGAAGAAAAAUCCAUGCGUUCCAUCUCCGUGCGGCCCUAAUAGCCAGUGUCGCACAAAGCAGAAUCAAGCUGUCUGUUCCUGUCUUUUGGGUUACAUUGGAAUGCCGCCAUCUUGUCGGCCCGAGUGUUUAGUUGAUUCAGAUUGCACAAGUCUCUUGUCAUGUUCUAAUCAGAAAUGCGUCAAUCCUUGCCAAGGAUCGUGUGGAGUUAACGCGGAAUGUAAAGUUCAUAAUCAUAAACCUAUAUGCUAUUGCCGAAAUGGACUUACAGGGGAUCCAUUUACGCGAUGUUUAAGUAUUCCAUACGAAAUUCCUUCAACAAAAUCACCCUGCACGCCUUCGCCAUGUGGACCGAACUCUCUAUGUCGUGAAGUUGGAGAUACGCCGUCUUGUACAUGCUUGACGGGCUUUAUUGGAAACCCACCAUAUUGUCGACCUGAAUGUAUCACUAAUAGUGAAUGUUCCUUCGAAAAAUCUUGUAUAAACAAUAAGUGCGCCGAUCCUUGUAUCGGUGCUUGUGGACUGAACGCUGAAUGUCGCGUAGUUAGUCAUUCACCAAUGUGUUCCUGUAGUUCUGGUUACGAAGGCGAUGCUUUUGAUGAAUGUCAACUUAUUAAAGUGGCCAUACAAAAACCGACGGCGCAAGUCAAGCCAUGUUCGCCAAAUCCAUGCGGAUCUAACGCCAUUUGUCAAGAACGAAAUGAUGCAGCAAGUUGUAUGUGCAUAAGCGGAUAUUUCGGAAACCCUUACGAAGGGUGCAGGCCAGAAUGUUUACUGAACUCUGACUGUUCACAACAUUUAACUUGUAUAAACGAUAAAUGCAAAGAUCCUUGUAUAGGCUACUGUGGUACAAAUGCUGAAUGCCAAACAGUUAAUCACGUAGCUAAAUGUUCAUGCGUUAUUGGCUACAUGGGUAAUCCUUAUGAUCACUGCGCCUUAAGAGAAGAAAUACCCAGAGAUCCAUGCAAUCCAUCACCAUGUGGACCAUAUAGUACAUGUAGAACAGUAAAUGGACAAGCUGUAUGCACCUGCCUGCCAGAAUUUAUCGGUAACCCACCAAACUGUAGACCAGAAUGCGUAACAAGUUCAGAAUGUCCACUUGUUGAAGCCUGCAUUAAGCAAAAAUGUGUAGAUCCUUGCAUUGGAACGUGCGGAGAGAAUGCUCAAUGCCGUGUUCACCGUCACAGUCCAUACUGCACUUGUCUUCAAGGUUUUGAAGGAGAUCCAUUUACAAAAUGUACAAAAGUACAUAUAUUGCCAACGCCGGUCACAUCGCCUUGUGAACCAAACCCUUGUGGUCCGUUUGCUAUUUGUAGAGACGUAGGUGGAUCGUCUUCGUGCAGUUGUAAACCAGGCUACCAAGGUGUUCCUCCGCGGUGUUCUCCUGAAUGUACAAUUAAUGAAGACUGUCCAAAAGAUAAGGCGUGUGUACGCGAACAAUGCGUCGAUCCGUGUGUGGGGUCAUGUGGUGGUAACACGGAAUGUCGCGCAAUGAACCACCUUGCUAUUUGUACUUGUGCGAUUGGCUACAGAGGAGAUCCAUUCGUCGGGUGCUAUGAAAUACUUAAAGAUACAGUUAACUUGCCACCGCUGGAUACCUGUGCGACUCAAUUCUGUGGUAUAAAUGCAAUAUGUGAUAAUGGAACAUGUUCGUGUAUCCUCGGAUAUCACGGCAAUGCUUACACGGAAUGCCGGCCCGAAUGUACAACUGAUAAUGAGUGCCAGAAACAAUUAGCCUGCGUUAAUUAUAAAUGCGUUGAUCCUUGUAAAAAUGCCUGCGGUUUAAAUGCAAUAUGUAAUGUAUAUAACCACUUGGCAAUUUGCGAAUGUCCAGUACCACUACAAGGGGAUCCAUUUAUUACUUGCCGGCGCGUCAUAGCACCAACUGUAACUGAUCCGUGUUCACCAAAUCCAUGUGGACCAAAUAGCAUUUGUCGAGCUGCUGGUACUGUAGCUCAUUGUGCUUGCCGAUCUGCUAUGUACGAAGAGCCACCGAGCUGUCGCCCUGAAUGUCGUGUUGAUUCAGACUGUUCACAAACUCUGGCAUGCCGCAAUAAUAAGUGUAGAGACCCUUGCCCGGGUUCAUGCGGAACGCAUGCUGAAUGUCGAACCAAGUCACAUUCCCCAAUUUGUACCUGUCCAAAUCAUUACACUGGUGAUCCAUUCAUACGUUGUUUGCCAGUUUAUGGAAUUGAAGCGGAGACGAAAUCACCAUGUCCAGAUUGCGGUCCGAAUGCUGAUUGCAUUGAUAGCAUUUGUCGGUGCCGUGCAGACUUCAUAGGCACUCCUCCAUUUUGCCGUCCUGAAUGUCUUAAGUCUAGUGACUGCAACUGGAAACUCAUGUGCUUAAACAGACGUUGUGCUGAUCCUUGUCCUGGAGCUUGUGGGCAAGGAGCUGUGUGUACAGCAUUCGCACACGAACCACGCUGCGAUUGUCCCCCAUCUACUACUGGCAACCCUCUUAUAGAAUGUCGACACAUCGAAAAUACUUUAAGACCGCCAAAUGACCCAUGCAAUCCAUCACCAUGUGGACCUGGUGCAAUAUGUCGUACGAGAGGUACUAGUGCCUCUUGUGAAUGCGAGCCAGGCUUACGCGGCGAUCCAUACACUGGAUGCCGUCCAGAAUGUGUCGCUGAUUCAGACUGCUCUCCAAAUCGCGCAUGUAUGAGAUCACACUGUCGCGAUCCAUGUCAAGGAACCUGUGGUGUUGGAGCAGAAUGUGAAACUGUGAACCACGUUCCUCUAUGUUCAUGUCCUUCUGGAACGAGAGGGAAUGCAUUCGAACGAUGUGAUAUAAUCCCAUCAGCGCCACCUUGUACACCAUCACCUUGCGGACCCGGGGCGUUAUGUACAGUAGCAGGCAAUAACGCAGUAUGUUCUUGCCCAAGCGGCACUAGUGGUAAUGCUGCAUCUACUGGAUGUCGGCCCGAAUGUGUUGUAAGCUCGGAGUGUCCACGUGAUCGAGCUUGUGUGCGGAACAAAUGCAUCGAUCCGUGUGUUGGCGCAUGUGGAAACGGUGCAAUGUGUCGAGUAUUUGAUCAUGCUCCGAUAUGUUCGUGCCCACCUUCUAUGACUGGCGAUCCAUUCCAAAAUUGCAGAGUUAGAGAUACACCCCCUACGACUCCAACAGUGUUUGAUCCUUGCGACCCUAACCCUUGCGGACCCCAUGGUACUUGCCGCGACGGGUUCUGUACCUACCCAGAGUGCGUUGUGAAUGACGACUGCCCCGGAGAUCGAUCAUGUAUCAACAGAAAAUGCUCAGAUCCAUGCAUCAACGCCUGCGGUAUUAAUGCUAUAUGCACAGGUGUCAGACAUUCUGCCGUUUGUUCUUGCCCAGCGGGUUACACUGGAUAUUCAUUUGUACGUUGUGAACGUAUUACCGAAGUUACCCCAGCACCACCUAUACCAGAAUGUUUGCGCGACGAACAAUGUGCCGAUAACGCGGCUUGUAUUGAUACAAAAUGUACGGCAGCCUGUGGACCUACAAUUUGUGGCCUAAAUGCGCGAUGCAUAGCGAAGCAACAUAGAGCACGAUGCACUUGUUUGCCUGGUUACGAAGGUGACGCUUACACAGGAUGUCAUUCAGUUCAAUGUCACAGCAACAAUGACUGCCCUGAUGACGAGAGUUGUGAAGGCGGUUCUUGUGUAAAAGUGUGUCUACGCGUACGAUGUGGUUCUGAUGCCCAUUGCUAUGCACGCGGUCAUAUAGCGUCAUGCGAGUGUGAUUCUGGAACUCGAGGAGACCCGUGGACUGGCUGCCAAAGAGAUGAAUGUACAAUAGACGACGAUUGCCCUACGUGGUUAGCUUGCAGAGCGAAAAAGUGUCAAAAUCCGUGCCCUGGUGCUUGUGCGCCGGAAGCACUUUGUAAUGUCGUCCGACAUGCUCCAAUAUGUGAAUGCCCACGUGGUACUCAGGGCGACCCUAAGAUUGAAUGUAAACUAGUGCAAGAAAAGAGCGAGUGCUCUUACGAUGCAGAGUGCGGCCCGGGAUUAGCUUGUUUACAAGGAAACUGCAGAAAUCCAUGUGAUUCAACAUCGUGUGGAACUCGAGCUGUUUGUCGGGUGGCAGAUUCGUUGCCCUUCCGAACUUUAGUAUGCGAGUGUCCCCCGCCGUUGACCGGAGAUGCCUCUGUGCAAUGCAACCCACGAGGACAAUGUAAAGAGAACUCAGAUUGUAGUGACGAGGAGCAAUGCUUCGAGGGUCAAUGCAAGAAUGUUUGUGCGUCUGGCGCUUGUGGGGUAGCCGCCGAAUGUCAUGCCAGCGCACACCGCGCAUCCUGUACAUGCGUACCACCGUUACAAGGAGAUGCCAAAGUUGCUUGCACGCCAAGUUCACCUGGACCAAUUUGCUUAUCCGACGAAGAAUGCGGCACAGCAGAAGCUUGCAUUGGCCGACGCUGCGUUUCCGCGUGCGCAGGCGCUUGCGGCACGGGUGCGCUUUGUGAGGCAAAUGCGCACCGCGCACGCUGUCGCUGUCCGCCUGGCACCGCUGGAGACCCCUCCCGUGCUUGUUAUACACCCGAAUGCACCUCAGAUGAUAACUGCCCAUUCGAUAAGGCCUGCAUUAAUGGGUAUUGCCGAGACCCGUGCACUCAGGGAGGACCGUGCGGUCGAGACGCUGUCUGCGAAACUGUCGCCCACGUGGCCACUUGUCGCUGCCCAGCGGGCACGCAAGGAGACGCGCGUCGCGCUUGCAUUUCUGCGGUGUGUCACUACAACGAAGACUGCGAUGACACUCAAAUAUGCAACCGUUUGAAUAGAUUCUGCCAACCUGUAUGUUCAGAAAACAGUUGUGCACCAGGAGCAAUCUGCACCGCCAGCCUUCAUCGACCGAUAUGCAUGUGCCCGCCCGGCUACAACGGAGACCCAUAUCUUCGCGGCUGUUCCACCAUACAAUUCACAGAUGAAUGUUCCAGCGACGCUGACUGCGCUCGUCCACUUGGCUGUGUUAACGCCCGGUGUAUCGAUUUAUGCCAGGGUAAUCCGUGCGAUACUGGUCUUAUUUGUAAAACGGUUGACAUAUUGCCGCUUCGCGCAGUCGCUUGCGUGUGUCCCGAAGAGGGACGCGCAGCACCGGACACGGGAUGUCGAUCGCCACCAGAAGCUGAAUGCUCUGCAGAUUCGGAUUGCGCUACUAGCCAGACUUGCCGCCGUGGAAAGUGUAUUGACGCAUGCAAAGCUGCGCCGUGUGGACACAAUGCACUCUGUGAAACCGCCGAUCAUGUAUCGCGUUGCAGUUGUCCUCCAGGGUACUUUGGAAAUCCAAGAAUUGAAUGCAAUACAGAAUCGAGACAGCCUACUAUACUGGAAUGUUACAAAGAUGAAGAUUGCGGACCGGAACAAGCUUGUAACGAACGUACCUGCGUGAAUCCAUGUACUGAUUCUUGCGGUCCUGGCGCUCUAUGUCGCGUCAUAAAUCAUACACCACAUUGUUCGUGUCCAAUAGGAUAUUCUGGCAAUGCAAACAUACGAUGCACGCCGCCAUCACAAGACAUUAUACCAGUCGGUUGCAAAGCUAACUCUGACUGUCCAUUAUCUCAAGCGUGUAUAAAUGGUGCAUGUGCCAAUCCAUGUGCUUGUGGCACCAAUGCUGAAUGUACUGUAGUGAGACACCAUCCAGUUUGCUACUGUGAACGUAGUCACUCAGGAAACCCAUACAUUGGAUGUAUUAAACUUGAUUGUACAUCAGAUACAGAAUGCCCCAAUAGCGACAUGUGCUACAAUGGAGCAUGCGUCAACCCUUGUAUAGUAGAAGCUCCAUGUGCUGUGAGUGCCGAGUGCUUUGGCGAAAACCAUAGGCCUCAAUGUCGCUGUCCCUCAGGCACUAAUGGAAAUCCUUACAACAAAUGUCAAGCAUUUGAAUGCGAAAUCGACAAUGACUGCAAUGAUGACAGUAUCUGUAUUAAAGGAGUAUGUCACAAUGCCUGUUCGCUCGAAGGACAUAAUCCUUGUGCCUAUAACGCGAAUUGUUUUGCUCGUAACCAUGCCGCAUCCUGUAAAUGUCCAGCUACCCUUCCAAUGGGAGAUCCUUUGACUCACUGUGAAAAAGCGACAGUAUUUGGAGAACCUGAAUGUACGAUGGAUGGCGACUGUCCAAGCGGUCAAGCUUGCCUUAGAGAUGAAUGCCGUGAUGCUUGUGAAGAACUUAAGCCAUGCGGUACAAACGCCCGAUGCUCGGUUUCUGACAGUAUUCCGUUCCGCACUUUGCUAUGCCGUUGCCCUGAAGGUUACAUACCAGAUGAAAAAGGUACAUGUAAACUAGCCCAGUUACCGCCACUUAGUUGUUCAACCGAUCAAGACUGCAGUGACCACGAAUCAUGUGUCAAUAGGAUCUGCCGUAACCCGUGUAACUGUGGUGACAACGCAGAAUGUUUCAUUCGAAACCAUAGACCUGUUUGUGCUUGCCGGGAUGGUUUCGAUGGUAAUCCGUAUCGUGUUUGUCGUAUCGUCGGAUGCCGCUCAAAUUCUGAAUGUGAAUCACAUGAAGCAUGUGUUAAUGGCAACUGUGUUAGCCCUUGUCUGUUAAAUAGCACAUGUGGACCCAAUGCAGAAUGCUUUGUAGAAAGGUCACAACCACUUUGCCGUUGUCGCUCUGGAUUCGAAGGGGAUGCUUACUUUGGAUGUAACGCUGUUGAAUGCAGAUCUAACGGCGAUUGCCCACUCGACAAACAAUGCCAUGCUCAUAGGUGUAUCAAUCCCUGCCUUUCUGCAAAUAUUUGUGGUAAAAACGCUGAAUGCCUUGUACGAAAUCACAUCGGUGUAUGUAAAUGUAACCCAGGACAUACAGGCAGCCCAUAUAUAGAAUGUAGACGUCAAAUUACGGCUGAAUGUUAUGCAGACGCAGACUGUCCAUCUAAACUAGCGUGCUUGUCGGCUAAAUGUGUUAAUCCGUGUUCGGCAUUACAACCUUGUACUUUACCCGCUCAAUGCGAAGUAUCACCAACACUACCUGUUAGAACAAUGCUUUGUUCCUGUCCACCUGGAUACGUUAGCAGCGGAAAAGGUAUUUGUCGUCCAUCUACUCCAAUUCAAGAAGUAGCUUGCGAGAUUGAUAAUGAUUGCACCUCUAGCAACGCAUGUGUAACGUCUGUUUGUAAGAAUCCUUGCGAUUGCGGACCAAAUACUGAUUGUCAAAUAAGAGAACAUAAACCAGUUUGUGCCUGCAGACCGGGCUUUAUAGGCGACCCUCGCACAGGAUGUUACGACGUAAAAUGUCAAGCUAAUAGCCACUGCGCAGACGACGAAACCUGUAUUAACAACCGCUGUGUGCCUGCAUGUAGUAUUGAACCAAACGUCUGUGGACAAUCUGCGGAAUGUUACGGUGUUGAACAUCGUGCUUCAUGUCGUUGUCAAAUUGGAACUGUAGGCAACCCAUCUGUAGCUUGCUCACCAAUCGGCUGUCGAUCAAGUACCGAAUGCACGGCAGACAAAUCCUGCAUUAACUCGAAAUGUGUUGAACCUUGUACCUCCACAACCUGUAAUGAGCCUGCUGAGUGCCGAGUGCACCUUCAUGAAGUGUAUUGUGUUUGCCCACCUGGUUUUGAAAGUACUUCAAGUGGCUGCAAUAAAACGGAGCCGAGAUGCUUUUCCGACAUAGAAUGUCCAUCGGGAACUGCGUGCAUAUCUGCAAAAUGCGUUAAUCCUUGCCUAGAGACCAAUCCCUGCGGAAUCAAUGCUGACUGUAAAGUCGCCGAUACGUUACCAGUUCGAACCAUGAUAUGCGAAUGUCUACCAGGCUACAGAGGAAAUGCUCUUGUAGAAUGCACGCCAUAUAAACCGCCGGGUACAAAAUGUAUACAAGGUCAAGGUGUAGACGAGACUGGCGAAUGCGUACCCUGUUUGGAAUACGAAGGACGCGUGAUUGAUGCGAGAGGCCGAUGCGUGUGUGACACGCAGCGCGGAUACACGCUGCGCGGCAACACGUGCGCUCCCGGUGGCUGUCGCACUGAUGACAACUGCGACACUUCUUCACGAUGUAUCAAUGAAAAAUGUGUGCCCGCCUGCGAGGCGGAGCCCUGCGGUCUCUUCGCGACAUGUGAAGCUGUUAACCAUCGCUCUCGCUGCACUUGUAUCACUGGCUACAUCGGCAAUCCCAGAGUUUACUGCAAUGCUACAACUACACCAAAUAUUACCUACCGCACCGACUUCCCGCUACCAGAUAUGCAGGUUCAUUGUCUGGCAAAUGGUGUAAGUGUAAGUCUUAAAAUCAAGGAUUUCAAUGGAGUACUUUACGUCAAAGGUUAUAGCAAAGAUGAAAGAUGCCGUCUCGUUGUACAUACAACAGAGAAUCAAGAGAGACCAGUCGAUUUUACUGUAUUCUUCGGUGAUUGUGGAUUAGUCCACGUAAACGGUUUAGCGAGCUUCGUACUGGUGAUGCAAAAACAUCCGAAAUUAGUAACAUCGAAUGCUAAAGCCUUCCACAUAAAAUGUAUAUAUCAGACCGGAGAACAAAACGUGACUUUAGCGUUCAAUGUGUCCAUGCUGACAACUGCUGGCACGAUAGCAAAUACUGGACCGCCACCAACCUGCUCGAUGAGAAUAGUCUCCCAAAAUGGCGGUGAAGUCAAUUCCGCAGAAAUUGGAGAAAAUUUAGUACUGCAAGUUGAUGUUCAACCAUCAAGCAUCUACGGUGGCUUUGCCCGCAGUUGUAUUGCAAAAACAAGUGAAGUUUCAACAAAUAUAGAAAACGAAUAUACAGUUACGGAUGAAGAUGGUUGUGCCACCGACAAGGCCAUCUUUGGUGAAUGGGAACGAAGUGAAGACGGAAGCGCACUGCGAGCGUCUUUCAAUGCCUUUAAAUUCCCCAGCAGUGAUAAUAUAAAAUUCCAAUGUAAUAUACGUGUCUGUUUUGGAAAAUGUCAACCGGUAAACUGUCGCGGAUACGACGCGUUUGGAAAACGCCGUAAACGAGAAAUAGUCGAAACAGACGGUCCCUUAGCGGGACAGCUUCGAGAGGAGGUGACAGUUGAGUCAAAUCAGAUCCUCACGCUCGAUAGGCGAGAUCUGUCUCAAGCAGCCCCGCAGCGAGAUGGGUCUGGAGUGUACGCUGCAGGCGUAGGCGGCGCUAACGGCACCGGCAGCGAGGUGUGCGUGUCCGCGGCGGGACUGGCCGUGGCGCUGGCGCUGACGGCGCUGCUGGCGCUGGUGGCGGUGGCGGCGGCGGUAGCGUGCUGGCUCGUGGCGUGGCGACGCGCGCGCCCCGCACCCGCGCCUCUGCCGCAUCCGCCCGACUUCCCCAACCCGCUGUUCCAGCGCUAGGCCGUUAUCCCAGCUAGUCUUACGUCCCGCUCCUCCGUCGGCGCCGGGCGGUGUCGGCUCUUUCUCUCUCACUCACUCGGUUUAAUGUGCGCGCCGCCGGAGGACCGCCGGGCGAGGGCCCUGCGAGCGCUGCGGCAUCCUAGCCGCCUCCCUCGUUCGCGCUCGUGGCGUCCUAAAUUAGAUUAUUUAAUUUUAUUUUUAUCUCGAUUAACUUAGAAUUGUCUCCUCCUCUGAACUUUGUGAUAAUUAUUAAAUAUUCAACAUCACCAUAAUUUGUAAAAUAAAUAUUGACUUUAGUUUUUAAGCAAUUAUUAAUAAAAUAAAAUAUUGAAAUAUA